ACCUCAACUGCUACUGUUAAUGUACAGGUAACGGAUGUGAAUGACAAUGACCCCGUGUUUGAUCUUUACUUGCCACGAAAUCUUUCAGUCCAAGAGGAAGAAGUAAAUGCUUUUGUGGGUCAAGUUAGGGUGAGUGCUCAUCAUUUAAAUGCUGUACUUGUUGUAUUAAUAUAUUGUGUGUCCUUGUGAGAGCUCCCAUAAACAUGUGUUUCUUAAUAAAUGCAGUAUCUUUAGAUAAAGUAAUAUAUGGUAUGUAUACCCAAGAAGUGUUGUUGUUAUUAUUGACUUAUUGCACCAACUGCAACAUUUUAUUAUAUUUAAAGAUUGAGUGGUAUAUAAGAAUGCUUCCUAUUGUGCUACUGUUCAUCCUUAUUCAAGGAAAUCCACAUUGAAAAUACAAAUUUCACCAAUAUUAAAGUAUAUUCUAUAGCAUUCCCAUAAUUACGUGCAAGGAAUAUAAUAACUUUAAAUGGGUCAGCCACCCCCUAAUGUUUCAUGAUUUUAAGAAUAUUCAUCCUGUAUGGAUGUUGGAUUAUCUUUUCCAAAUAAUGUAUACAAUUCCAUUGUAUGUCUUGGUUCUCAAGAAGUAACAUUGAAAAUAAAUGUGUGCAUUUGGGACUGUUGAGCAAAUAUGGAUAAAGCAGCACCCAAAAUUUCCACUUUCCAACUAGCAGCAACUAGUGGAAAUUAUUUUCUGGUGAGUGAGUAGAAAUUCAACCCUGGUGAGCAUGCAAUGGACCCUGCAGCAGUUGCAGAUAAAUUUGAGGCUGUUUAGUAGCCUACGAUAUUUUGAGUAUUGGCUAUAAGAUCUACCACUCAAAGCACAACAAGGUACAUCUCUGAAAUAAAUAGCCCUUUAUUAAUAAUUGAAAAAUCCUGCAACGGGAAUAGAAUAGACCUGUCUCAUUGUGUUAUCUGUCCCUUCUCCUCUGCAACCAGAGACCACCACCACCAUGAUUCAGGGUAAGGUCUUGCACUAAACCCCCUGGUCAAUAAGAUGUGCUCUGUUUACAUCCUCUGCUUACUCCUUCUUUUAGGAAGGUGAUUUUUCUGACAUCUCCAUUAAUAGUGUCUUUGCAAAGAUACUUAUGGCUCACUGGUCAGUUCUGUCAAAGUGCACAGAUCCUUGGAUUCUUUUUAGUAUGGUGUGUAAUUAAAAGAUAUAUCACUCCUGUUUAUGGUGGCGAGUCUUUCCAAAUAUGCUACAAAGAGCCGAAUAGUUAGCAUCCAAGCACACAACUUUAAACUUAUGGUGACACAACCUAAAUAGUAUAAUAGUGCAAGAUAACAUUUUAUUAUGGUUUUACAUUUCAUACUUUUCACUUCACAAAAGUGUGGGCAGGGGAUCAAGAGAACAAUUAAUAAAACUUAGUACACCUUGGAAUACAGAUAAAUGCUAAUUCUCUGGCUUAAACAUUAAACAUUCAGAUAUUGCCAAUAAUAUUCUUACAGCAAUGGAAAUAGAGAAGGUCUUACUGCCAGAGAGAGAUUCCGUUACAGUGCUCUAAAAUGUAGAAUUUAUUCAUAUUAUCAAAGAAACUGCUGAAUAAAAUGUAACAAAUCCAAAAUAACACUUAUGGUUUAAUUUUAAAUGCAUUCUUUGCUGUGUUCAAAUAAAUAAGCAAAGCUACUAUAAUGGAGAAAGCUUCUUCCACCACACUGUCUGAAGUUUACUACAUUCAACAGGGUAGGAGGUGAGUAUAUAUCACCAUGCCAUUUAUUUAACUUAAUUCUCUAGAAGGCAAUAACUUUUUUCAUGGAAAAAAAAUGAUUUAUCUAUGUAUCACAUGCACCGCUAGUUCUUUUUUUUUUUUUUCUAGUAUUGUAAAUUAUUUGAAACAGUUUGAUUUAGAUUUUUUCUUUCCUCUUUUAAGUAUACAUUUGUUUUGGAAAGCUGUACCUCUAAAAUGCUAUUGACUAAGAUAAUUAAAUGGACACUUUUUGGGGGGUACAAAUAUGUAAUUAAACAUGUAAAAAAUAUAUAUUUUUUUUUCAAUAUCUUUAAAAUUUAAAGAUUUCUAGAGUAUUUUUUAUCUAUACCCGUGGUAGGUAAAGUUGGAAAGAAUAUUUUGAGCUUGCUGUGACAAAAGCUAAAACAAAUGGAUAAUCUGUUAAAAAGCUUUGUAUGAUACAGUCAAACCAUAACAGCAAAUCCCAUAGAAAAUAUUAUUUUGUGUGCUGCUGCUGCAUUUCCAAAUUUAAGCAGUUUAAAUGAUAGAUUGUGUUUUAUAACCACCAUGUACUAUGUACAGAGUAGGGGAAACCGCACGCAAAAAAAAAAAAAAACAACCUAUAAAGAUGAUGUAUAAGAGGCAGCAAACCUGAAGUAGGGCUCCCUCUAGGCCCUACUGACAAAUAGAGCAGAUACAAUACAAUGAGAAAGGUUGUGCCAAGUCACAAUGUAAAUAGAUACUGGGAAAAAAUUCCAGUAUCUCCACAGAUUGUUGAUUAUCUUCCUGGCAAGUUAUGCACUAGAACUUUCUUUCUGCUAUUCUAUUUGGAUUUUUGAUUAUCAUCACUGUUGUGGACUCUUGAGAGAUUUCUUAUAUAUUUUUUUAUAUAUUUUUAUAUAUUUUUUUUUAUAUAUUUUUAUAUAUUUGUUUUUAUAUAUUUUUAUAUAUUUGCCAUUUUUUUCCACUAUCUAUUUACAUAGUUUUGUUACUUGGCGCAACCUUUCACCAUGUAUUAUAUGACUAAAAUAAUAAAGGUUACCAUGUUGUUUUAUCUAUCUAUAUAACAUGAAACUACUUUUGAAAGGAGUGCUAUUACCUUUACCCAAUAUGUGCCAAAGGAUGUUUGCUCCAAUUGUAAUCACAUUUAGACAAUUCAUACUGAAUGCAUCCCUCUAUUUCUCGCUCUCCUGAUGUGAAAUGUGACAUGAGAAAUAAUCAGUUAAAAUAUUUAAAGCCUCAAUAAAGUAUAUGAUAUGUGGUGGUGUAUAGAGCCAAAAAGAUUAGAAUUGUAUUGAUGUCCCAAUAUUUAUGGACCUGACUGUAUUUACAAGUUUUUUUACGGUUCUGUACUUUGAUCUUUGUCUUUUUAUAUAUAUAUUAAGUAUUUACUAUAUUUGAUAGGAUACUUACCUCAUUUCUAGAUUGACACUUACCCACAUUGUGUGGAUUAAGUGCGCGUUUGUAUAUUGGUAUUUGCAAAAUAGGGUUAAGCCCUUAUACACACCUGGAAAGUCUAACUGGUGUUUCAGGUUCCAGAAAGCAGUUUUCCUGGAGACUGGAAGUUUUCUCUGUCUCUGUUUUUGAUGCAUUUGCAAGUACUGUUUCAUUUGUGAGAUGGUAAGAGGUAGUUAGAAAAGAUUUCAGGUACCCGAAAAGCAAUACAUCCAAAGUCCAGGAUGACUUAGAACUUGUGGAACUUGUGUAUCAGUUACAGGAGAAGGGGGGAUUAAGGUGCAGAUGCCUGGAAAAUUAAUAGACUAAUGUGAAGAUCUUAACGUAAAUGUAAGUUAAAAGCUCAAGUAACAUAUAUUUAAACAAUAUGCAUAUGUAAUGCAAGUAAUAACUGCAAUGCCAUUUUUUAAAAUGUUGUGAAUUAAUUACUUGCAGUGUCAAGUUUUGUUUGUUUACUCUAUUCUUUUUCUGCAACAUUUAAACAUUCAGAAUUGGUAAUUGUAAUAAGAAUGUCGUGUGUUGUAGUUGCUGGAAAGAAGAUAAUGAUUUUUAAAAGAACAGAAGCUGUGUGGAAAGACAAAUUGGAUAGGUUUCAAGUUCUUUUUUAAUUUUACGUUCGUGUUCAAUCUGUACAAUAAAAAUGAAUGAGAUUCCAAGCUGUUCUAAUUUCAUAGCCAGUUUACCAAGACUGCACAACUCUUAAAAAUGAAAACAUGAAUAGAAAUUCUAAUAUGACUAAAUAACAAUAAGAACAAUGAUAAUAAAGUGUGAAAAUGUGUACACAACAAAGAAUAGCAAACUACGUGAUGCACAAAGAGACAAGCCAUACGCUGUGUAUUAUUAUUUCUGUAACAGAGCUAACUGGUCUAUUACUAUUUUAUGGAACAUCUGUCUCUUUCGGCAUUUGUGCUCACUUUUUUUAGGUCUCCAGGGUUUCCACUCCUCAAUCCCUUUAAAUCCUUUGUUGGUCGGGGGCUCAUUGCCAUAAAACAUAAUCAUAUUUUUAAUUUCAAAAUGCAAUAAGAAUUACUUACAAUUAGCAGUGCAGUGUGCAAACAAAACUGUGCAAAACAAACAAUGGCACACAGUGAUGACAUCAGCAUAAAUCAUAUCAAUAUACCAAUAGAAUAUUGCUAAAAAUAAAUAAAUAAUAUCUACACAUAAUAAACAACUUUAGUAAAUAAUUUAAACAGAAAAAAAGAGCAAGAAAAAUAAAAUAGAAAAGCUAAUUGAUGACAUCACACGUCACACACAAUCGUGAUGACGCAAUCAAAGAUAAAGACCGAAUGUAUUGUAAUAGAUAAAUGAAAUAAUAAUCCUGCUAAGCACUAAAAGAAGGUACCAGAGACCUAUUAUUAAUGUCAAAAUGAGUAUAGUAUGCAUGGAAAAACAGUGAAAAGUGAAAUUAUGCAAUUGCAACACUGAGUGACAUGGCAUUAAAUCCACAUUUACUGUUCUAUUACUCAAAAGAUAUCAAGAAAAUUGCUCCCUAUUAAGGUUCACUGAAGGCAAAGAUAGAAAGACUUAAAAGCAGAAAAGCCUUAUAAUAGUAAAUGGAUAAUAGCAAUGUCAGUCAUGUGACUGAAACUCUGAUCAUGUGACCAACAUCGAAACCCACUUUAACAAAGUGGAAUCAAGAAAAGGAGAUAAAACGGAAAAAAACAAGGAAUGCAAUAUGAAUUAACCCCUUAAGGACGGAGCCAAAUGUACAUGUUGUGAACAAAACAAAACGUAAACAAAACCUGGCAUUUGCGCUACAUGUCUGUCCAACCGUAAUACACCUCUUUCAUAGUAAAUGCACCCACCCUUAUUAUAUAUCAUUUUAUUCAGGGGAAACAGGGCUUUCAUUUAAUAUCAAAUAUUUAGCUAUGAAACAUAAUUUAAUAUGAAAAAAAUGGGAGAAAAUAAGAUUUUUUUAGUUCUACAUGACAUUUUAACUGUCAAUGUCAUAAUACUGUUUGCUUUUACUGCAAUAAAAUACACAUAUUUGUAUUCAGUAAAGUCUCACGUGUAAGACAGUACCCCCUAUGUACAGGUUUUAUGGCGUUUUGGGAAGUUACAGGGUCAAAUAUAGUACGUUACAUUUGAAAUUGAAAUUCGCCAGAUUGGUUACGUUGCCUUUGAGACUGUAUAGUAGCUCGGGAAUGAAAUUUACACCCAUAAUGGCAUACCAUUUGCAAUAGUAGACAAACCAAGGUAUUGCAAAUGGGGUAUGUCCAGUCUUUUUUAGUAGCCAUUUGGUCACAAACACUGGCCAAAGUUAGCAUUAGUAUUUGUUUGUGUGUGAAAAAUGCAAAAAACGCCAAUUUUGCCCAGUGUUUGUGACUAAGUGGCUACUAAAAAAGACUGGACAUACCCUGUUUGCAAUACCUUGGGUUGUCUACUAUUGCAAAUGGUAUGCCAUCAUAGGGGUAAUUUUCAUUCUUGGGCUACCAUAGGGUCUCAAAGGCAACGUAACCAAUCUGGCGAAUUUUAAUGUGAAAAAAUGAAACGCAAGCCUUAUAUUUGACGCUGUAACUUUUGAAAACACCAUAAAACCUGUACAUGAGGGGUACUGUUGUACUCGGGAGACUUCGCUGAACACAAAUAUUUGUGUUUCAAAACAGUAAAAAGUAUCACAGCAAUAAUAUUGUCCGUGUAAUGCUGUUUGUGCGUGAAAAAUGCAAAAAACUUCACUUUUACUGGCGAUAUCAUCGUUGUAAUACAUUUUACUGUUUUGAAACACUAAUAUUUGUGUUCAGCGAAGUCUACCGAGUAGAAAAGUACCCCCCAUGUACAGGUUGUAUGGUGUCUCGGAAAGUUAUAGGGUUAAAUAUAGUGCUAGCAAAUUAAAUUCCCUUUACUUUCGGCAUGGGUUGUCAGGCAGGUCCUGCUAAUUGUAAUUAAUUAAAAUAUAAAUAUAUAUGUAGAAUUAAUAUAUGUAUAUAUAUACGUAUGUGUAUAUAUAUAUGUAUAUAUCUAUAUAAUUUUUAAAAAAUAUUUUUAUUUAUAUAUAGGUAUAUAUAUAGUGAUAUAUACGUAUAUAUUUUUGUAUAUAGAUAUAUAUAUAUAUAUAUAUAUAUAUUAUUUUGUUCUACGUGUAUUUUGAUAUAUAUAUAUAUAUAUAUAUAUAUAUUAAUUUCACAAUACAGUUAGAACAAAAUAACACACAUCUAUAUAUUUUUUAAUUAUUUUUUUUUAAUUAUUUUUUUAAUUUUAUUUUUUAACGUAUUUACAUUUAAUUUUUUUUUAUAUUAUAUAUAAAUAUAUAUAUAACAAUAAUUAUAAAUAUAUUUAAUCAGUAUCAGUCUAUGUGUAAUUUGAUAUUAAUAUAUAUAUAUAUAUAUAUAUAUAAUUAUAUAUAUAUUAAUAGUAAAAUACACCUAGACGGUGUACAUGUGUGUAUGUAUAUAUAUAUAUAUAUAUAUACUUAGAUCAUAUAUAUAUAAUAUAUAUAUAUGAUCUAAGUAUAUAUAUAUUUUUUACACUAAUAAAUUGAAUUUUAUUUUUAUUUUCAGCCAGCAGGGGGACCACCUGUCAUUACAGGCAGCCCCCCUGCUGGCAAUACAGAAGCCAGCUAUCCCCGGCCAUGUGAUUGUGAGGUCCUCGCAAGGACCCCACUCUCACAUGGCCGGGGGGCUUCGUGGAGGACGGAAGUGCCGCGGGGGGCUCCCUGGGAGUCCCCCCCCACCGCGAUCGCCGGCGUGGGACCGCCGGCGACCGGGUAAGUACCAAAAGACCGGAGGGCAUACUAUUACGCCCGGCGGUGUUUAGAGCCGCCUAUAAUAGGGCGUAAAAGGGGUUAAAGCUGAAGGGGUUAAAGCUUAAGGAAGAUCAUAGGAUAAUAUAGAAGUGAAUAGAAAGGGAAAAAAGAAAAGACAAACAGGUUGCCAAUCUCUCAAAAGUGAAUUGUCAUCAUUUAGCUUUUCUGUUUUAUUUAAACUAUUUAAUAAAGUUGUCUUUUCAUGGGUAUAUAUUCCUUUUUUUAACUUUCUAUGAUGUAUGCUUACGAUUGGUGUGUUCAUAUGUCCUAUGUUGAUGAUGUCAUCACUGUGUGCCAUUGUUUGUUUUACACACAUUUGUUUGCAUAUCACUUGAAUGUUUUUUGCAAAAUAAAUAAACAAUGGCCGAGCACUCUGUAUUAGUAAAUAUGUAAGGUUUACUAUUUUAUAUAUUUACGGUGAGCUCACCUCCAGCCACUAACUAUGCAAUCCAAGAAGAGACACACUCAGGGUUUUGUGAAUCAAUAAAGUGAUGCUGCUUUUGUUCAGUGGAUAGUUAUAGAAUAAAGUCUAUGUUUCAGUCCUUUAGAGAGACUUGAUAAGAGUCCCCUCUUUCACUGAGCCUUUGAUAUCUUACUGGGGAAGUGCUCUAUGCCAGAUGACCAAAUUUAGGAACUAUUAAAUAGAAGGUGAAAGUAGGAAAAAAUUAGCACUUGGAUUGUACAACAUACACUAUCUAUGACCAGAUACAAAUGCAAUGCCAACAUCCAACAAAAAUACCCCACAACUUUCAAUUCCAGUAUUUUUUUUUAGAAGAAGAUAUUAAUUUAUUCACUUCUAGCAAAAUGAGUUUCAUGUUUACAUUUCCAUAUUACUAACUUACACACCUCACAUUCCUAUUACUAGAAAGUUUUCUACUAAUUUAAUUGUAUAGUUUCCUUAUUGAGGCACAAUCUACAUAAUUUGAAUGCCAGUCACAGAAGUAAACAAUGUUCAAUUUAGCAAUAACCGUGUUGGAAGUUAUCAUAAAGAAAAGUACAUUCAUACAAUAAAUAUCCUGAAAUACGUCCUGCACAGAAAUAGAAAAGCACUAAUUAUUGCCUCUCCAGGGCUGCACCAUUGCUAUGGAACUGUGUAUCCUGCUCCAAUAGGCUCUCACCCAGUCUCCAUUCCUUCACAAAAUUAUUCAAUGGUGGAAAGCAUAUCAAUUACAUUUUUAAUAGCUUUCCAUCCAAUACCUUGGUAACCCACCCUGCUUCCUCUCCUGCAACUAUAAUUCAGAUAGAAAACCUAAGUCUUCAUCGAAAACUAUUCUAUAAACCUACUUUCCCUGUACAUCUAGCAUAUUAAACUCAAAUAAACAAGAUUUAAGUUUAUGUGGGCCACAAAAAAAAAAACUUCAAAUUUCAUAGAAUUAUAGGCUUGUUUUGAAAAAGACAGUGUAUAUAUAUAUAUAAAAAAAAAAAAGAACAACAAUAAAAUUAAUGUUUUCUUUCUGACACUUGGCACCUUUUCUCUGCUACUAUCUUUCCUACUUCGGGGGAAAUCUUGCUCGCAGUAAUCACUUUCAAAGCUGACCCAAGGUGAAUGUUAAUAAAUCUGGCAGGAGACUUAUUUCCUUUCAUAAGUUUAAAUAACUGCUCACACCAAUAAGUACUUUCAAAUCUGGAAAUAAUUUCAUAUGAAAAUGUUCGAGUAUUUUCAAACCUGGCUGGCAGAUAUUUGUAAAAUUCAGGUACACCAACUUCACUGAAUUUUGCCUUCAAAUCUGAAUAACACUGGAUCUCAAGUACCUCCAUUUGAUAGGUACUGAUUCUAUAUUUAUUGAGAAUAAAAAACCUUGUCUUCCAAAGAUUUAAAUCCUUGUUGUAAAUCCAGUUCUAAGGCUUAAAUUUUUUUCUGUGAAUUUUUGAUAUGAUGCAGUUUCACCUAAACUUGAUUUGUCAAAUUGGAAAGUACAUUAAAUCUUCAUCUUUCAACUGCUCUUCCCAAAGUACUAACCUACCCUUGAAUGCUUUAACUUGGUCACAGAUGUUUGUAAUGAUCUGAUCUAUUCCUUGCAGUUUUAAAUUUAAAUUGUACAAGUGUUUUGUUAUACCAAACUAUAAAAGAUAAAUCUUGAAAUCACAAUGGAUCAGAAAACAAGCUUGUGUCUUGAUUUUUAGUUAUUAAAAAUUGUCAUAUUUCUUCUUUCAAGUUUCAGAAUUGUUUAAGAACCUUGAAGCAGGUUAGCAUACCUUGGUAUAGUAGGAAAAACUGGAUUAUUCUCUUUCUAUAUCACUUAAGAAAGCAGAGAACUGUUGCAGAUUUAAGCCUCGAGAUCUUAUGAAAUUGAUAAUUUAUUUGAUAGAUGUCAACACAUUUUCCAUGUUUAUUACCUUUUUGCAUAAUACUUCUUUAUGUAUAAUGCAAUAUGUAUGAUGAAUUUUGGACCCAUCAUAAAUUUCACUUUGUGAAAUUUAUGACACAAAACCAUUGGUUUUUCCAAGUAAUUGAAGGAACUCCAUCUGUAACUCCAGAAGUUAAUUUUGACAGAAGUAGAUUGUAUUUUUGAUGAAGUUCAUAAACACUUUUAAAUAUAUCUUGUCCUGUAGUAGUGCCAUGCAUCAGUACUAGUUCCAAUACUUCCUCAAAAAUAUUGAAAAUCCAUGUCGCAAGCACAAAGAAACACAGCUAUUUGAGCUACCCCCCGAAUGUCCAUACUCUCAUCACAGGCAAUUGAAAAAGCUUUGAAACUAGAUGACUUUGCUUUGAUCUGAUCACUUAAACUGCUGGCCAAAUCAGUAACUAUUUCUGCAACUAUAUUUUGAGAUUACUUGAAAAGCCUUCACACUUCCAGGACAAACAAUUUCUGCAGCUUUUAUUAGACAUUUCUUGAUGAAAUCACCUUUGGAAAAAGGUUUUGAGUGUUUACCUAUCUACUCCAACAAGACAUAGCUUGCAUGCACCGCUAUUUCACUUUCUUGUGUGAUAUUUUAGUAAACAUGAACUGUUGUUUUUUCAGUCCCAAUUUGGUCUUUCAACUUCUCAUUAUUAAUUUGUAAUUCUCAUAUUUUGUUUUAUGUUGUUCAUAGUGUCUUUAACGGUACCCCGGCAUAAAAGAGGUUAAAAGCCGUUUAGGAGAUAUUCCCUUCCAGAUAUACAGGCAGCUACUGUAGACACCAAUCCACAGAACCAGAGAAGCAUAUGAAUGCUCUCAAACAUACGAAUGCUGUAAACAGUUGAAUAGGAAAAACCAUACGAAAGGUUUACACUCCUAGCAGUCGAACUGGAACAGCAUACAAAAAAACCCCCCCAGAACGAGACAAGGCUCUGUAUUGAGGGUCAAAACAGGAACAGACAGAGCAGUGGGUUUAUUGUUCUUAUAUACACAUACUUACACUUUACUACCACCCCAAGGGUUUUGUAAAACAACCAAUAAACACGUACAAUACACUCAGGCACUCCCACACAAAAUCCUCCCCUCUGCCUGUGAUACAAUUAGCUUACACAAUGGGUUAAUGUAAUUAUCACAAGCAGAGAAAUAGUUUUUCCACAUUAUUCAUAACUUUAAAAGUAUGCAUCACAUUCACAUAAAUCACAUCCAAUUACAUUUUCAGAAUCAGCAUACUCCAAAUACAAACAUAUGUCAAAAUCAUACAAAUUGGUCCAGUGGGUCAAAAGUUAGAUCAAAGUCCUUUGUGACCAAAUAAAGCAUGGCUUUUCUGCCCAAAACCUGUUCCACAGAGUCUUCUAUCCUGGAGAUAAUUGGGAAGUAAUCCAAUUAUCUCCAAGGACAGAGGCAAAACUCAAUUAGCCACAUGGUAGCAAAAGACAAUAAAAUACAUAAAAAUAUAUAACUGUGCAGCUAUUGCAUAAAACAGGUACAUAUCCCCAGAUAGCUUAGAUCUGAGCGCACAUUAUUACCGAAUGGCGCUCAGAUCACAUACAUACAGUUAAAUUGCCAUGGAGCCAAAGUCUUUCACAUAGUCUUUUGUUAUAUGAAUGGGCUCUCCAUGGCAUAGCUAUCUGGGGUAUCACUGUUCAAAUAGGACAAGUACCGAAUGACCCGGCUUUCGUGUCUUUGCAGGGGAAAAUCAAGCGUUUCAAUAUGGGGCCAUAGUCUAAAGGGAGCAGGCAGGCAACCAGGCCCCUCCAAUGCACAGUGGCGAGAUUGGUCAAUGUUAUAUAACUUUGGUACACCAAUAGCAUUAUAACAGAUCAAGCAGAUUAUUUUAUCUUUUACUUCACAGCAAAUUUUUUUAAUUCUCACAUUUCUUGGAAAUUUCAAUGUUCGCAAGCAAUUUUUUGUUUAGUUUUGCUACCACUUGAUCUCGAUAAAGACAUACUGAAUACAACGGGCUGAAAUAAAUGAGAAAUCGUUAACACAAAAUAAUACAAUAUCUAUAUUUAUCUAUAUUUUUUUUCUUGAAUAUUAACUUACCAGCCACAGAAUAACUGCACAAAUUCAUAAGUGUAACGUAAAUAAACCAUUUUUUUUUUUUUUGUUCUCCGUAAGGGAAGUACUUCCUGUUAGGUACAUGAAGAAAGUCAGUACAAUACUAACAGCAUGGUAGGUAUUAUUAGCUUCUAAAUAUUUGCCGCUAGUAUUAGUGGGGGGAAAUGGUGUCCCUGUGCAUAAGGUCACUACAUAGAUGCAACAUGACUAUAGUAAUCGGUCAUUGGCGAACGUUGUGGUUUGUUAAUAAUAAUUGCCGGUAUGUAUAAUUAUUAAUUGUAAAAAUUAGACUACAAAAAUUUUAUUAAAACAUUUGUUACAUACCGUUAUAUUGACUGGGCUGCAAAAAUAUUUAUUGUGGGCCACGAUUUUGACAUGCUUGCUGUACAUAAAAAAUCCUAUCACUUUACUCCACUCCCACUUUUUGAGCAGGGACCUCAACACCCUCUGUUUCUGUGCUUCCAACUGGUCUUGUUACAAAUACUUGUCUGUUAGUCCACUCAUUGAACAGCGCUGCAGAAUGUAUUGGUGUUUUAUAAAUAUUAAUCAUCAUAUGUGGUAUAAAUUGAAUUCACUUCUUUGUAGGUGAAGGUUAAACCUCCCUCAGCAGUGUGCAGCAUAUUGUCAUUUCACAUUUAUACAGAGAGAACCUACACCAUCCACAUAUAGUGGGGUCAUACUACUCCACUCUAUACUCUAGGAGCCAUUGCUGGCUCCAGAAAGUGUAUAUCUACUUAUUUGCUUUCAGAAUAUCUUAUGUUGAACAUACUACACCAUAUUAUUUUAUUUUGUUCUCCCUCUGUCAAUGAGACCUACCACCAUACUCGACUAACCAUUUGCUAUACAAGAGCUAUACUAUAUGCAUAUGCAAGGAUCAUACCGCUCAGGUGCAAAAGUUGGGGCAACAUUAUUGCUCCAUAAAAGUGUAAGUGUACCUCUUUAAUUUUUAUCUUCCAAAUACCAAAAACAUACUACAUUAUCAGUCCCUGUAUUCUCAGUUGUUUUUUCCAUUCCAUAAACCAAAGGACACACCUAACCCUAACUUUUUACCACAUAUGUAAAAAAUUGUUCCUUAAUAUCUAUAAAUAUUUUGACAUAAAAUACAACUGCUUCAUAUUGAGAUAUAUUUUAUUUUAUUUACAUUAUAAUUAAUAUACAAUAUGUGUUAGGCUAAGUAUUUUUUAAUACAAAAUAACAUACCCAUUUUUGACUAGCUUAAAUAAAACACACAUUUCUGAGUCACUGGGUGAAUAAAUGAUUUGGGAAUUAGAAUGAGUUUGAAUCAAAUGGGAUAUUUUAACAAGGUGAUCCAUGCAGUUGACAGUCUUCAUACCAUAUGAGCAAUAUGAUAGUCAUACAUUUUUCAUUGAAUCCAUUGCUGAGCUAAAGCAUGCUUAAUUAUUUAGUAGUCAAUAUAUGUAGACAAAUCACAAAAAAUGUUGACAUACGACUUGCUAGGACACAUUGCUAAUAUAUAUAUUAAAGGGGCACUAUAGGCAGCCAGAACACUAAAGUUCAUUGAAUUAGUCUAGGUGCAUAGUCCCAGGUCCCUCUGCUGCGCAUGCACAUUAGGUCUCUCCCAUCGAUGGAGCACAAACCAGCACAAAGGGACAUCGGUGCUGGACUCAGGUAAGUGACUAUGGGGAAGGGGGGCUCAGGGGAGGCACCAUAGGUAGUGCCAGGAUAACAGAAUGUUUUGCAUUGAAGAAUUCAUAUGUUUAUUUCCUGUCAAACUAAGAAAGAGAAGAAGAUUAUUACAAGAAAAGUGUUCCUUUUCAGGAGUAUGAAUAGAAGUUAUUUCUUUCUUUAUUGCUCCACCAUUUAGCAUUUUUGUUAUUUUACCUUAAAUAUUUACACUAAAUGGAUGCAUGAUACCACAGUCCAAAACAUGUUUUCUUUAGUUGAAAGUUCCAAUUGAAGAAGCCCUUUUAAAAUAGCAAAAACGCAUUUUGGACUGUGGUAUCAUUGGACUCUCCUUGGACUACCUCUUUUUUGGGGACACGUCUCACAGUGAUAUUUUAAAUGUUUACCUUUAUAUUUAACUUUAAGCAAAUUAUUAUUAUUAUUAUUAUUGCCAUUCAUAUAGCGCCAGCAGAUUCCGUAGUGCUUUACAAUAUUAUGAGAGGGGGAUUUAACUUUAAAUUGGAUAAUUAUAAGAAAACCUACAGGAACAAUAGUUUGAAGAGGAGCCUGCUGAAAUAAGCUUACACUCUAUAGGAAGUGGGGUAUAAGACACAUUAGGACAGGUAAUAGCAAUCAAAUAAGGUGGGAGUGAAGCAGAGCUUGAGAAGAGAGUAGAGUGCUGCCUUUUAGGAGAGAGCAAGAGACAGGUAUGUAAGGUAGAGGUUACUCUGGUAGGCCAUAAGCUUUCCUAAAGAGAUGGAUUUUAAGGCACUUCUUAAACAAUUGAAGACUAGGGAAGAGUCUGAUGGUGGUAGGCAGGCUAUUCCAUAGGAAGGGAGAAGUCCUGCAAGCAUGAGGUGGCUGUACUGGUGCGAGCAGCGGACAGGAGAAGAUCACGGGUAGAGCGGAGAGACCAAGAACGGACAAACCUAUGGAUCUGUGAAGAGAUAUGAGGGGCUAGAAUUGUUCAGUGCUUUAUAGGUAUGGGUUAGCACUUUGAAUUGACAGCUGUAGGAUACAAUAAGUCAAUGUAAGGACUGACAGAGGGAUUUGUUAAAACUCCUGAAUAUAUUACUUUUAGAUGGGCAUUUAAUCCAGUAAAACUGCAUGAGUGCAUCUAAGUGUAUACCAAUACCAUAGAUGUUGUACAUUGCCAGUCUAUGGGAUUGUCUUUGUUUUUACAGUGGCAUAUCGCCCAUUAGAAGAGGGACAAGGAUUUCCCAAUGUUAUCCUACUGCGCUGAUCCACUAGAGCCAGGUGCACAAAUUGGCUCAAAGAGUUGGUGUAUUAUCUCAAAAGAUAAAAUGCAAAUAAUCCACAAUGCACACACACUUGUUUUAAUAUGGUAUACUACAAGCAUGUCAAACUCAAAGGCUAACACAGGCCAAAUAAACAAGGUUUAAGUUGAUGUGGGCCGCAAAAAAAAAAAAAAUUCAGUUUUCAUAGAAACGUAGGUUUAUUUAUAAAAUAUGGCAGGCGGGCAUUCCCUCCAAUGGCCAUUGGAGUAACUAAAUGACCUCCAUUUGUUUAAAUAUACAUUGGGAUUUAGGCUGUUUUUUUCCUGUAUGUAUUGGGGCUGAUGUGUACUGUGGUCAUUGCUGCCACCCAAGAGUGAUGGGAGUGAACGCAGGACUUGUUUUUUUGUAUUUGUAUUCACUUUUUGUAUCACACAGCUAUGUUACAAUGCUGCCGCCCAUCCCAUGUGUUUCCUAUUAAGGGUUAUAAGUAUAUAGGGGUAUACAUAAAAAAUACCCCUCUCUGUCUCAUUAGAAAUGUCUUUGCCAGAGGCUCAAGGAAGCAGGGUGAAAGGUCAGUGUAGGAUCCACCUAAGGGGGUCUACCUUGAUGUUGGCAGGCGGACAUUCCCUCCAAUGGCCAUUGGAGUAACUAAAUGACCUCCAUUUGUUUAAAUAUACAUAGGGAUUUAGGAGAGAGCACAGGUAACUUUUUCUUUGGUUUUUACUGUAUGUGUUGGGGCUGAUGUGUACUGUGGUCGUUGCUGUCACCCAGGAGUGUAGGGAGUGAGAGCAGGACUUGUUUUUUUUUGUAUUUAUUUAGAAAAGUACAGUAUAAAAAUGUUGCCUAACUGACACUGGACGUCCUCACGCUCAUAGGGCUUCAAAAUAAACAAAAGAGCGGAUUUAUUUUAAGAAGAUGGCAUUUGCAUAUAACUAAUGUUUCAGUCCAACUACCAUGACAUACCAAGAAAAUUUGGUAAUGGGACUGAAAUGGUGACUAUAUGCUAUUGCACAGCUGUUAAAACCAAAUUAUGUUAUCUUGUUGAUUUUGAAGUCCUAUGAGUGCGUUCUUCACUUUGGCUGAGAUCAUCAAACUUGAUGAUCUCAGCCAAUCCAAUGCUUUCCCGUAAGAAAGCAUUGGGAGGCUAUUGUGCUUGUGUGGCAAAAAAGCUUUGCGGCCAAUCAGCAUCUCCAUGGGAAGCGUUCAGCGCCUCCAUUCAGACCCAAUCUAAUACACUGCCCCUUCCCCCCAUUCUAAUACACUGCCCACAAAUCCAAUACACUGCCCCCUCCACCUAAUCUAAUACACUGCUCCUUAAUCUUAUGCACUGCCCCUCCUCCCUCCACUCUAAUUUAAUACACUGCCCUCCUGCCCUUGAUUUAAUACACAGCCCCCUCCCACCACACAAAUACACUGCCCUCCUCCCACCACACAAAUACACUGCCCCUCUCCCACCACACUAAUACACUGCCCCUUCCCUCCCCCAAAUUAAUACAUUGCCCUCCCCCAAUUUAACACUGCGCCCUCCUCCCACCACUUUAACACACUGAAUCCCCCUUCCACCACUCUAAUAAGCUGCCUCCCCUAAGUUAAUACACUGCCCCCUCUCCCCAAUGUAAUACAUUGGCCCCCUUCCUCUCUCAAAUAAAUACAGUGCCCCUUCCCUCUCUCAAAUUAAUACACUGCCCUUCUCCCCAACUUAGCACACUACACAGGAAGGUCCUCCAAGCCUCUCUUACCCUACCUUGAGAUGAGCUUUCCGUCUUCCAGUUCCAGCCCUGCUAUUCUCUGCUCAAGCAGUCCAGAUGCUCCUCUGGCACUACAAGCAUGAGGGAAGAGUGGUAGCUGGCCUGUCUUGCAGCUGGUUGCAGCCUGAGCACAAAGUGGCCCCAGGGCAGGUGGACCGCAAAUAUAUCCUUUGUGCGCCGCAAGUUUGACAUGCUUGGUGUACUAUGUCCACCUUCCUUGGUAACAACACUCCCCAACCCUUAUUAAUCAAAUGGAUUUGAUGACUGCGAAUAACCAGAUUAAUUACUGAUAUCAACAGAUCUGAACCAUAUAACUGGUUUCAACUGGCCAAUUUUCAAUGCUGUUUCAAGAGAUACAUCCUUGGGAGAAAUCCAAUGACGGGGAUUUGUUAAAUGGCCAUGUAAUAUUUAUAAUUUGUUUAUUCCACAAUGCUAGUACAUAUGGAAUGUGUAUAUGUCUUUAACAACUGAGUCAUAUGAUAAGAGGUAAUCUUGUUUGACACAGAAAUAUUGGAGAAAGUUCUUUGUUUGCAUGUUUCUACACAUAGUAAAUAGUGAUGUUUCUGCAAUAAAUUCCAUUCUCCAUGGCUGUCCCAGCAUGGCUUUAGUAUGAUACUAUAUUUUGGAACAGGGAAUUUAUUUAGACACAUGAAUAUUUGUAUUUAGAUAUGUGAUAUGUUCAGUCUAUCCACAAAUAUCCUAACAAAAAGAAUAUUGGGUAAAUCAAUAAAUUAUCACAGUGGGUUCGAGGAAACUUGUUACAACAAGCAUGCUGAAACAGAUGAACAUCUUCACAACAGCAUUUAAGUCAAUGGGCACCUCUCAAUAGUUGCAGUAGAAAAAAUACAUGUGGCGAAACCAGCCUCGCCACUGUCCACUGGAGGAGCCUGGUUGCUCGCCUGCUCCCUUUAGACUAUGGCCCGGCAGUUAAAACCUUUUAUUUUCCCUGCAAAGCGUAUUCAUGCCUUUCUGUAGACUGUUAAAGCCAUGCUACCCCAGAUAGCUAUGCCAUGGAGCCCAGCCGUAUACUGAAAGACUGUAUGAAAGACUUUGGCUCCAUGGCGAUUGAACUGUAUUUAUGUGAUCUGAGCGCCAUUCGGUAGUAAUGUGCACUCAGAUCUAAGCUAUCUGGGGAUAUGUAGAAUGUCUAUGUUUUAUGGAAUAAAUGUAACUGUAUGUAAUUUUAUGUCUUUUGCCAUGUGGUUAAUGGAGUCUUGCCUCUGUCCUGGGAGAUAAUUGGAUUACUUCAGUUAUCUCCUGGACAGAGAGGAGGGAUUGUGAUGUAAAUGUGGGUGUGUUUUAUGGUUCCCCUGUAACGAUUGGUUGUACUGUGUCCCACCCUGUGGGAUGUCCCCUUGCAUGGGGACUUGCAUAAAAGCCAGUGUGUGGCCAUUACAGAGAGUUCCUGUUUUAACCCUCAAAGUGAAGUGUCGUCUCAUUAUUGGGGGAAGGAUUUAUUGUAUGCUGUUCCAGUUUGACUGCUAGGAGAGAAAACCUAUUCGUAUGGUUCCUAUUCAACUGUCUACAGCAUUCAUAUGCUUGGGAGAAUUUAUUUGUUUCUCCGGUUCGGUGAUUGUGGUGUCUGCCAGAGUGCUUGGAGUCCUCAGGAAGCGCUAGGAGCAUCCUUCAACGGAGGUACCCAGUCGGGGUGCCAGGCGAUCCGUUACAAUGCAAUAAUAACCUCCUUUUUCUGAAGAACAAAUGCAAUAUUGCCUGGGAAAGAGAACCACAGGGACACCUUCAAAGACUGGGAUUGGAGAAGUGGAGAAUAGAAUAGAGACAGUAGGUGAACCUGAAAGUUUCGGACCAGAAUGGCUUUAUACUGUGGCAGCUCCACUAAACAUGUGUUAGGGUACUAAUAAUGGACAUUGUGAAGAAGAUUUUUGAGAAGAAAAUUCUUAUUUAUCCUCUCAGGCUGGAGAUACCACCUAUAAAUCAGUUUGCCUCUAUGAUGAUAACCGUGGUUACACCUUUCAAGGUGUUUGCUGCAUUGAUUCAUUCAGCUACUGAUAAAUUUAACUAUCCCUCCUUUUCCACUUGAUAAUUACAAAUAACACUUGGAUAGAAAUUUCAGUUUGGUAGGGUAAGUUCAGUGUGGGUGGGUGCCAUUUUGAGCCUUGGGUUGCAGCGGUGAGAUAUGCAGUGUAGUAUGCCUCAUGUUACUUUUUUUUUUUUUUUUUUUAACUGACUGGUUGGUCAUGGCUAUGUAUUAAACAUGCUCUGCUAUUGAUUUGGUGUAGUUGCCAUGCUAGUUAAUGCAUUGGCAUUGAGAAGAACACGCUUCAUGUGUCUGAUACCAUUGGAUAUCUGUCACGGUCCAAAUUCAGUUUUUUUUGUUUUGUUUUUAACAUUUUUGUUUUAAAUGUUUUAUAACUUAUUUUUAAUUCACCCCCUUGUUAUAUAUAACAAUCUGGUUUUUCAAAGCUCCAUCUAGUCAUGGAUUAAUAUGACAAUUAGAGGUGUCAUAAAAGUUAUUGAGAUCAACCAGUUUAACCCCUUAAAUACUGAAGCAAUUGUACAAGUUCGAAUCAAAACAAAACCUGAAAUUUUCCCUAUAUGUUUGUUCAACCAUAUGAUUUACCUGUUUCAAAUUAAGUGCAUCCCCACUUAUUAUAUGUCAUUUUGUUCAGGAGAAACAGGGCUUCCAUUUCGAAUCAAAUAUGAAUUUGAUUUAAUAUGACUAAGGUAUAAAAAAAAGGGUAAGAAAGAAAUUAAACUGUUAUUUUCUCAGUUUUGCGUGGCAUUUUAACUGUAAAUGUCAUACUGUCAUACAAAAUACUGUUUGCUUUUACUGCAAUAAAAGACACAUAUUUGUAUGGACAAUGGCAUGUCCACAUCCUUUUUAUUACUUAGGUAGAGACCUCACCCACUAGUGGGAACUAGGGAGGGCAUUAAGUCCCCCUUAUUAAUUAAUUACCCCCAGCUGUAGGGGUGGGGGCUAAGGGGGUAUUAAUUCCCCCCCAUAUUUAAAUAAUAGCCUCCACCCAAUGAUCCUGGGGUGACAUUAUGUCCUUUUUGCAUAACUAAUCAAUAGGGCCUAACCCUGCUUAAUCUGUGACCUAUUUGUUCAUUCUGUCAUAUAGCCAUUUCUGAUUUUCUAUUCAACUUUGGACAAAAUGAAUUAAAACUGUAAUUUUUGUUCAUUUUCAUGUUUAAAAAUGAAUGCACAAGUCUAGUAAUUAACAAGUAAUCUAAGCACAAUUGUAAAGCAUUGGUUCUUAAUUUAGUGACCAUCUUAAAGUACAAUUGAAAAGUCCAUUAAGGACUUUAACCUACUUAUAAUGACUUACUUAACCAAUAUAAUAGUUAGUUUAGCUUGUUCUAUAAGCUGAUCUACCCAAGGCCCAUGAUGCCUCAAAUAAAUUGUAGUUUACUUGUGUACAGGGUAAACUUAUACUAAUAAUAUAUCAGACUGGUCCCAUCCACAUAGUCACUCCUGAACUGAAAUAUUAGACGGGUCCUCUCUGCACUGAUGAUACAGCAAUCCCAGAUCAUUCUGGCCUCUUUCAGGCCAUGUCAAUGAUGCCUGCAUAAUGACCAAGAGGCCUUGGUCUUGUCUUGGUCUGGUAUACUAAUUUUAUCCAUAGGGGUAGACCCAAAGAAUCUACAAAUAAGUGGGGGAAAUUGUAGGGAAGAAACAUUCCCACACCGUUACAUACCUUCUAUAAUGACAAAGGUAAUCUUUUUCAUUAGCACAUCCGACUUGUCUAACCUACAUUGACAAUUUGGAAGCAAAAUUCCAGACAAAUCGCUUGCAAGACAAUUAAAACAUGUCCAGCUCGUAUGCUUUAUUAUUGACAUACUACUUAUUACAUUCUACCACUUUGAGUAGAUAGUCAAUGAAAGACAAGUAAGUAAGCUUUGUCAAAACUUGCAUUUUAAAGUACAUACUUGCAAACAUUUCCUCUUUUUGUAGUAAAUCCAUACUAAAUGUCUGUUUUUUUUCUGCAUUUGCUAAAACAGAAAAGAUAGCAAUUUCACCUUGGUUAUAUAUUCAAUUAAUAUAUAUAUAUGUAUAUAUGUAUGUUAAAUGACUGAAUAAUAAUGCAAAAUGAGAGAGGAGAAAAGAUUUGUAUCUGGAUCAGAAACAUUUCAUUGUCUAGCCCCAGGAGACAACCUGGUUUUGUCUUCCACUUAUAUAAUGCAUUAAAUGUUUAAAAAAAAAAAAAAAGAAAUUGAGAGGGGGUAUUUUAUUUUCCUUUUUAUAAGGUAGGAGUGAAAUCUAAUCAUUGAAAAGAAGUUUUAAAUGAGUCAUCCAUUGUUUCCCAGCAAACUGGGUCAACUAUUUUAAUGUCAAAACCGUUCUAUGUAAAUCUUAGUCAAGGUGACUUUCUUCUAAGAUUAUAAAUAUGUAACAAGUGAUCAUUGCUAACAUAGUAGAACUUCAAAGUUUUCAAAUGGAAAGAAUAAUUAAUUCAGACUAAUUACAAAAAGUACAUGUUAUACAAUUAACUUAAUUUCAAGUGAAAGAAGUAUUUUCUCAACCCUACUUUAUUUGUAGAAUUAUAGCAUUUUAAGCAACAUUGAUGAAUUCAUUUUCUUGUUUUUAGGAGAGAUUUGCAUCUUAUAAUACUUUGGCAGAUUGCUGAAAAUGAUUUUUAAUUUCUAGAAUUUUAGAAAGUUUCUGUUUCUGCUGCAGUAAUUAUUAAGAUGCAUAGCUCCAGAGCAAAAUACUUUAAUUUACAAGUGAAUAUAAUUUGCAUAUAUUUGCAAGAUUAAUUUAUAGUGCAUUUGUUGUGGGUUUUUUUUUUUUUUUUUGUAUGAGACAAACCUUUUAAAACAGUAAUGCCUUAUUGAAAAGGGGAGUGGAGGAUAGAGCAUGGUUUUAGACUAGUUAAGAAAAUAUAGUUAAUAUGAGAUACCAGUAUAAACAUUUUUAUUUGUUUUCUUCUCUGAAAUCAUGUACUGUUUUAGAGGUAUAUGGAUACCUAUCAGGAAAUAUAGAUUACAAAAUUGUUAUAAAUAAUGCUAGCCUAUUUUUGAAGGUAGCUUUAAGAUUGUCAAUGAAAAGUUCUGCUCGGAUAUCUGACAUAAAUGUUAUGUUAUAUGCUGAUGGUAUACAACAUUUCAGUUUACAUAAGCAUGUACAUGUUAUUUGGCACCCUGUGGCUCCAUUAAUGUGUAGGGUGAUUUAAAAAAAAAAAUUGUGGUGUGUACAAUUAUUAAAGGGACACUAUAGGCACCUAGAUCACUUAAGCUCAUUAAAGUGGUCUGGGUGCACUGUCCCUGUCCCCCUUAGUCCUGCAAUGUGAAACAUUGCAGCACUGAAACAGCCUCUAGUGGCUGUCUACCUGGGGAGAACGCUUUUUAAAAUAAAGGUGCCUGAGACACAAUUUGGGGAACAAAUGCUACCUAAGAGCCAGUCAGAGCACCCUAUAUUUCGGCCACAGGAGCUCCCAAAAAUUGACCGGCCCAAGCACCAAAUGCCCUGGAACUGUUUUGGGCAUAGGACCACGUGUGCAGCCAGUCAGAAGUUUAACACGGUGGUGUUUCCUCUACACUGCAUGGAUCUGAACGCUAUUUGGAGAACUUGGGCGCUCAGUUCAGGGCUAUUAGGGAUGUGUUAUUUGUUCAGUUAUUUUAUGUUUUUAUGAUGUUUUGGGGUAUUUUUAAGUUUGUUUGCCUUUCUGUUCAUGGGAGAUCAUUUAAGCCUACCAGUCUUAAACUCAAUUAUCCCAGGCAUCUUUGGGAGGGGCUUGCAUUGUAUUGUGUGGAGACCCCCUGCUGGGGGUUGUGUAUAUAAGCAGGCAACUUGGCCCUAAUAAACCAGUUCCUUUACUCCCAUCACUCAGUCUCAACUAGUGUUUGGUUGUACCAGCUAUACAGCUAUUCUCUCUGCAGGAGAGUUUUAAUCAUUAGAAGCUCAAUACAGAAACCUGUUCCAGGGUGGGAAGCGACGGCGAGACUCUGGCCAAACUGCGAUGGCUAGGGGCUGAAGUGCUGAUAAUGUCCCAGUGAUAGCUAGGUAGCAUGUUUGGCAGAGGUACCAAGUCGGGGUACCAGUCGGUCCACCAUACAUGCACACUCGGUUAUACACAAUGACACAUACAUACACAUUGACACAUAUAGAUACUGACACACAGAUAAACACACUAAUAAGCAUAGAUACACACAUAAUGUCAUACUAUAUAUAUAUAUAUUGACACCCUCCUAUUGACAUAACUUGUGUGUGCUGAAGGCUUCCAUGGAGUCCUUAUGAUGCUGACUGAGUGUGAUGGGAGUGUAGGUUAAGAGCUGUCUCUCUCUGUGUUCCUGCUCAUACCUGUGCCUACUCUUUGCCUCCCCCUGUUUAGCAAUACCCAUCGGUUGUCCCUAAGUCCAUGGGCCACCCAUUGGGCUCCUUCAGUGUGUGGGCCUCGGUGCAGCCGGCAAUAGUUCCGCCGCUACCCGGAGCUCUGCCGACAGUUGCUUGGACCUCAUGGGUAGGUUUUUACUUUGACAUGCAAUUACAGCUUUGAAACCUUAUAUAGCAAGGUGUCUAGGGGGAAAUGUAAGUCAUCUGAACUCAGAAUCAUUAAUUUUAACUUUACCAAUUUUAUCUAUAGGAGCCAUUGCAAAAAUUAAUCAACCAUAAAUUUUGAUCAUGAUAUGUUGUGUAAUUUAAUAGAUUUCAGUUUGAAUUAUCUUGAAAUUAAUCCUGCCCAUAUUUAUACUUUACACACCAGUCCUUUCUAACAAUCAGAACAUUUACCACACUUUUCACUGAUUUAAGUCAUAUUGAUUGGGGCAUUGACUCCUAUUUCAUAACUUAACUAUAUCUUUCACAUAAAGAAAUGUAACAUUGUUUUAUGAAUGCAGUCUGAACUAACCACAUAGUAAAGCAUUUUAUUAAUAUUCUCAUGCAACCCCAACGUAAAGUCUAGCGGUAAAAAAAAUACUAUUUAAAGACUGAGUCCAAGAGACCUUAUGUCACUGUAGUCCUAAACACAAAGAUGGCACCCAAUUCUCGUGUAUAAUGUGCAGGAAAGGAACUCCGCAAGAAGUAACCAAGGAACUGAAAGAGCAUGCUAUGCAGGCGAAAAGUAAGCAUGAUCUCAGGAACACAGGAAUCAAAGUGAAAAAAAAAUGAGAAUUGCAGCUUACAGAAUUUCAUAUUUUCCUGCAUUUGAUUGAUCUCCCAUGGGUGGUCCUUUUGCAAAGUGAGGCUCAAUAUCACUUGUUACUAACUCUAUAUGGCAAAUUCCCUUUUGCACAUUAAUGGAGUUAAUAUGAGGUUUCCCUGAAAUUCACAUUAUAAUUCUUAGAUUGUACCUGUGAUGGACAGGUGCACCUGGAUUGUUGACACUUUAAAAAUAAUCUAAGAAUGUUUAUUUCUAACAUAAAAUGUUAAGUACUGUGGAAAAUGUUGGUGCUAUAUAAAUGCUAUUAAUAAUAAUAUAUAACCGCUUUACCAAUAUACAGCAAAAGCAUGUAGUUUUAAAAAGGAUUACAAAAAACAUAGAACUAAUUAGCUGUAAUGUGUGUUCCUUCAGUCCUUUAGUCAUCACAGUAUAUGAAGCGUUAUAUAUAAUUAUGCGGUAAAUAUUAUUAUACAUUUUUUUUCCUUUAUAAAGGAAUUUCUAAAUAUCAUAAACAUAGGCUAUGCAUUUUCUGGCAUAUUUGAAUAAGGUUGUGACAUGAAGCCUUGACAGUUUAAUAAGCAUAAUUAAGAAAGAAGGGAAAACAGAAUCUUAAAAUUCCAUGACAACAUGAAAAACUAUUUGAUACAUUGUUAUAACACAAUAAUAAACAAAGGGAUAAUACAACUAAUUACAUAAUUAGUGUGGGUAGCUCUGCUUCAUGUUUGAUCCUGUACUUUGUUACCAUAGUUUGGGUAGGUACACAUUCGGAUUAUAUUUGAUGCUAUUAUUGCUUUUGUGUUUAUUUAUUACUUAUGAAAACACCCCUCUAUAAACCAUUUGACUUCAGGUCUUAGUAGAAAGAAACAUCACAAGAGCAUAUAUAUUGGGCACAUCACUCAGCAUGAGCUUUAACAGAAGAAGAUGGUAAUUAUUCAAUUGCAUACCUGCAUUAUGUUGGUGUUAACUAGUGAAACCUUUUUUAAGGCACUGAAAAAUCAUCAUAUUCUCAAUUAACUGACUAGAAAAGGCAUAAGGAGUACAGUGCAAGCAAAAGUGGAACAUCACAUUUUGGAAAUGUAAGUGCAAUGGCAACCAACCUGAAAAAAUGCGCACACAAAUAAAGUAUCUAAGCAUGAGCAUAUACAAACAUACCACAUAAGUCAGAACUGUAGCAACACAAUAAAAAAUGUGUGGGUUUGGGAACGAGAACAGGUCCGUAAAAGGAGUCAUACUGAGCUGCUGGUAUAUGACGUAUAAAAAACCCUACAAUAUUGAUUUUCGUGUGUGUGGCCUAGUAGAUGUAGACUUGAUUUGGUAAACCAAAAAAGCAAACAAACGAAUAUAGAUGGUAGGUUUUGAUAUAUAUUGAUGUGCAUAUAUAUAUAUAGUAGACAAAAAGUGCACUCACAAGUCUUUUGCAAUAAUCAUUUUAUUGUGUAAACAACAAUUACACCUUGCUUCUGUUGACGUUUCAGUCCACACAGGACUUUUUUCUUGAAUUUUUGUUGUAUUUGUUGUUUGCACAAUAAAAGGAUUAUUACAAAAGACCUGUGAGUGCACUUUUUGUCUACCUGGCUGGAGAUUUGCACCCAGGCAUCUACAGAAGAGUGAGUGCUGGACCCUCAAGUAUGUAUGUAUGUAUAUAUAUACUCUUAAGAACUGAACACUGUUUUUGUAGUAUAGAAUAGUAAACCAAGUAAUCUGGUCUGAUGCUUAACUUCACAGCUGCUGACCUUUAAAAGCAGAAUAUUUCCUCAAGACCAAUUUGCCCAAUCCACAGUUGCUGCAAUUUGUUUUUGUAACUGUACAUUUUUUUAGAAGAGCAGAAACCUGUAAUUGCACAUAUUGCCAAACUAAAAUGUUCUAGGUCACUGUAAAAUAUAUUCCGUAGUGGAUAGAAGAUGUACUACUUUUUAGAGUGUAGCAGUGACAGCUAUAGAAAUAUUAUAUUUCCAGAGUAUUUGGAUUCCAAUUAAGUUAUUUUUGCAGGAUGUGCAUCUAUGCAUAUAAACUUGUAUUAAGUAACUAUUCCCUAUUGUUAAGACUUAAUUGUCCAAAAUUAUUGUUCAUGACCUAAGCUGUUUUACACUUUGUGGUUUAGGCUAAGGGUAAUUGUUUAAAAAUGUUAUGGGUAUUUUCAAACUGUGGAUUAGCAUACUCAUGGGAUUGUCACAAUAUUUGAAGAGUCUUAAACUUCAAACUGAUUAGUUGCCGCAAUAUUUUAGUUUUCAUCUACUUAAUGCAUUUUGAUAGUUCUCUUCUAGAUUGAAUCUUGUUGAACUAUGAUAGCUUAAUUUCACAAACAUUUAUGCACUGUUUCCUUCACAAAAACAGAUUUACUCACAAUAGUUAAAGACAUAGAACCGUUGUAUUUGAAGUACUAUUAUUUUAAAGUCUUCGUUUAUUGUAUUUUUUUUCUUUUGUCAUAUGUAUUUUUAAUUCCAGUGAUAGAAAUGUGAUAUUUGCUAGAAUACUAAAAGUUGCUUGAACAUUUUAGUGUGUGUGCGUGUGUGUGUGUAUAAACAUGUACAUAUGUAUAUACAUUGAUCUUUUGUCUUUGUUUCAUGAUAUUAAUAUUCAAUAAAAUGUUUAUUGAUUUUUUUCUCUUCCAUGAUUGGAAUAUUAUAAAGACUGCUCCCUACCAUUCCAGCUGCUUUGGAAUGGAACAGGGAUACACAAAACCACACAAACAGACAUACAUACUCACACACAUACAAAAUACGAAUCUGAAAUGAAAGCUUGAGGAUACUAUGAAUGUUAUACAAAGCUCAGUCUACAUGUUUUAAUAAGAUGAAUAUUAACCCCUUAAGGACUGAGCCAAUUGUACAAGUUGUGAUCAAAACGAAAUGUAAACAAAACCAGGAAUUUGCGCUAUAUGUCUGUUUAACUGUAAUUCACCAUAUUAAGUACACCCACACUUAUUAUAUAUCAUUUUAGUCAGGAAAAACAGGACUUUUAUUUAAAAUCAAAUAUUUAGAUAUCAAACAUAAUUUUAUAUGACUAAAAUAUAAAAAUAAUUUAGAAAUUGAGAUUUUUUUUAUUUUUUUUAGUUCUGCAUGGAAUUUUAACUGUGAAUGUCAUAAUACUGUUAGUGGUUACUGCAAUAAAGUACACAUAAUUGUAUUCAGCAAUGUCUCACAGGUAAACCAGUACCCCCCAUGUACAGGUUUUAUCGUGUUCGGCGGGGACCCAGUAUUAAGGAGGGUGAGGAUGUUCUAUGCCGCCAUUUAGGACUGCCUAAGAAAGGACAGCAUAGAACGUCCGCCAUCCUUAAGGGUUGUUAAUAUUUUAAUUCCAACUGUAUUUAUGUUUACAAAACACACAUAUAAAUGGGAAUUAAAAUAAUUCACCAAUACUUUAUCUUUUUCUGAAAACCAUGCUGUGAGCAAGUACUACACAAUGUCCUCUUUAUCUAUGAACUUUAAUGUCAGAGAAGGGGGGAACAUUUCAGUAGUUUGUUUGCAUGUUUGUUUGGACUCUGGAGGAUUUUCAAUUAAAACCAUUACAGACUAGCUUAUUAUUUACUAGAGAAAGUUUCAGCAGUAAACUAUUGAGUAUGAAUGGGACUUGGGAGUAUAACACCUCUCAUUUGUAGCAUGGUGUGAAAUCUAUAUACAACAAUGUAGAUGCCAUACCGGGCUAACAAUGAUGGGAGUGACAAGAUCAUCUAAUGUACUAUCCCUUGCAGUACAUGGUGGCUAACUCAAUCAAGUUGUGUGUUAUGAUUGAUGAGUUGUGGGUUUGUAGGUUUAAGCACAAUGACAUUUUAUAUGCAGCAGUUAUCGUUUCGAUAUCUUAAAGGGACACUUUAAGCACCAUAGCAGGGUUCUCUUGGCAACUAAAGCAGUUAGGACUGCAAUAAUAGGCUGUGAGCUUAUCCUUUUUAUAUAAUAUCAUAUUGAUAAAGGCUCUGGUGGGUCUGAAACAUUGAUUUGUUUGGAUGUUAGCAAUAUUUGAUUUGAUGAAGCACAUUUGUUGGAAGUCCUGAGAGUUUUUAUACAUAUUUCUAUACAAUAGCGGUAAUAUUCACCCAGGCCGUUGCUCAGUAAGUUAGUACCUUAGUGCAUGCACCAUAUUUUUAUUGGUAUUUUUAUUUUAUAUACAUUUUAUAUUUAUACAUGGUUACAUCUAUUUUGUUAUAAUACGAUUUUUUUUUUCCUGUAUAUAUAUUUUCAUUCUACAUACACAAAUUAUGGUGCAGCCAAGGUAAUUUCUGGCAUUGUUUUUUAUUUUUUAUCCUCCUUUUUUUCUAAGCCUUCACACAUGCCCGAGCAGUCUGUACUACUCCAUGUAUGCGCAUUUGACUAAUAAAGUUUAAUUGUGCCUUGAUGUGAGAGCACAUGCGCGACUGACAUGCUGUGACAUCACUACAUAUGGCGCAAAACCGUGGGACGAAAUGCAUCGAGCCAGGCAAUCCGUCAGCCAGCCCCCUGUUGCCUACAAAGGCCUUUUCAAGGACUAAAGGGACUGGACGCUAUUGCUAGUUACCUGGAAUUUUGGCCCUUUUUGGGCAAAGUAUUUUUGGCACUUCUCUUCACUAGAUUAGUGCCCUAUUCUUUGUGAAUGUUUUUAUUGUUUGUUUUUAAUUGAAUACAUUUAUUAUGCCAUGACCCUUUUUCACAUAUAUAUAUAUAUAUAUAUAUAUAUAUAUAUAUAUAUAAAAUUGAUUUCUUCUGUAGUCAGGUGUGGGAGAUCACUGUCCAGAAGAGUGCAGUUCUAGGGACAGCUAAGAUACUGCGCAGAACCCUCAAACUCCCAUGCUUCUGUUAGAGGACCCGAGAAUGAGAAAUAAACAUUCCACCCAGGAGGGGUGAGAAAAUCAAUAUAUAUCUAUAUAUAUAAAAUAAAAUAAAAUUAUAUAUGUAAUUUUUGCACUGUUGUAUUUUCCAUGCAAGUGUUUUAGGCUGUCCAAAAAUGUACAGCACAAAUAGAAAAAGCACAAAUAGAAUAAGAAAAAGGAGAAUAUGCUCUAUAAUUAGAUUACCUUGCACGUGUCAGAAGAGAUGCUUGUUAGUAGAGAGAAUUGAUCCAUUCCAUCUUUGAAGUUCAUAUGAAUAUCACAGUUUUUGACAAACUCAAAAUUUACUUUAAAGAUCAAUCAAUUCUUUUCGAAGGUAAUUUAGUAUUUAAAUCAAACAAUGAAAAAAAGUAUCAUAAAAAAUGAAUGUAAAACAAACUUUAGGAAAAUACUAAAUUUCUGUUUCUCAACAGAAUCUGUGAAGCAAUUACCCUUUUAACGUAUUGGUAAUCAAUGACAUACAAUAUAUGUAUUGUUCUGUUAAAGGAUAAUUUGCUUACUCUCGUCAAGAAGAGGUUAAAGUAAAUAUAUAAUUAUAUCAAAGCACAUGCUCAUGUUCUAAACCGCAAAAUAUUUUUGUGAAGUCCAAAAUCUUGAAGCAGAGAAAAAAAAACACUUUCUUUUUUUCACUGAUUCAACAAAUACAUUUAUUUAGCUUAAAUACUCAUUUAAAAUUAAAAUAAUUAAUACUAGAAAAAGUAAAUAUUAACAAACAGUGAUAAAGUGGACAAUGGUACUGCUAAAACACACUGAAAGGGAAACUCCAGACCCCUAAAACACUUUAUCUUGCUGAAAAGCUUUAUAUGUGAAGAUUGGGUCUUAUUUGUUUCAUUUUUGAAAAAGUGCAGAUUACAAUAGAAAUUGACACUUUUAUAAAUUAUACUGAUUACACCCCCAGGCUUUUCUAACAAACAACAGGUAAUUUUACUUUCUGGUUUGGUUGGCUUAUUAGCACUGAACUCAAGAUGCAGCAAUUGCACAGAGCACCUGCCUUGCAAAGACUUAUCAUUGAGUUUCAUUUGGAAGUCUGUGAUUGGACAUCCACAGAAAGUCUGGGCGAGGUUAGAAGAGGAGGGCUUGCAAAGGCAGCAAACAAGAGAUCUGCAGUUUUUGCAAUCUGUUUUUAUAUAUAACUCCAUUUAAAAAAAAAAAAAAAAACAUAAGUAAAUGCAUGCAACUUUUCAUUUGGGCUAUAUCUACUAAACAUUAUUUUUUUUUUAUUUUGUAUUUUGGCAGUGGAGUUCCUCUUUAAAGUCAAACCAUGUGUAAUUAUUAACACGUUGUAAAUUUCAUAAAUGAUAAAUGAAUUGUAUCUAAAGUAAACAUAGCAUCAGUUGAGGUCAAGGUAUACUACUGUGGGAAAUAGUUUAAAAACAUGCGGCAGUGCUCGAUUUAAUUAUGUUGUGGCUGGUCAGUGCUGGUUAUAAAGCCAACACUUUAAAAUGUUAAAACAAAUUCUAAAAAAACUUCUUGGAGUCAAUAUCAGCACUUUAUUAGUAUAAAUCAAUUAUAUAAAUUAAAUAGAAGGUGGCUGUGCAUUAUAAUUACAAACUAACCACUGAGGAGCUUUUGUGGCCCAGUCACUAAGAAAAGAAUCACCCAGUCGGAAUGAGGCCUAUAAAACACGAGGUUCCUGGCAAAAGGUUUCCCCCACGCCUUCACAUUUGGGCAUCAAGUGGGGCUUAACAUUAAAUAUUGGGAGGUGCACUGUUUACUGUCUAUCCCACUGUCCCCACUUGUGGUAAACUUAUGGGGAGCUAUCAAAAUAUUGCAGGGCUCACUAAAUAUCCCUCACCCAUGGAUGGAGACAAAAAAAAAUUAACUGAGGUUACAGUAAAUGUCUACUCCCACAUGUGGUGGCUAUUAUUAAAUAAAUGUGUCAGUGAGUGGGGAUAUUUAAAAAUAAGAAAGUCUGCCUUUAUCCAAUCUCUUUAAUCUCCCUAGAUGAGGUUAGGGCCAUGUUCCAUCCACCCACCCAGUGACUAGAGAUCUCCAAGACCUUAGCCACCCCCCAUACAAAAACAAAAUAUCUUACUUCACCACUCUAAUAAUAGUGAGGUACAGACCAUUAAAUCUAAAACCAGUUCUGGAUUGCUCUUAUGGGUUGGAUCAUUCUGAUAUUCAAAUCGUAUAGGUUCUCUCUUUAAUGGCACAAGUGAGCAAAAACAUUUUUGAGACUUGCUCAGGUCUCAAAAAUGUUUUGCUGACUUGUGCCAUUAAAGAGAGAACCAGGGAUAUGGGCAGAAAAUUAGUGUGUAAUGAGUCAAAUGCAAGUUAAAUGUAACAGAUUACAUGCUUUUUGGUUAAUACAAAUUGCCACGUUUUCAACUCAUAUUUUGUUUUGUAUGUUAGUCACAGUCAUAGUGCUUUUUCUUCCUGCUGUUCCUGAGGUGUUUCAGUACCAAAGUUCGAUCGAGCCAAACAAUGGCAUGAACUAAAUGAUGCUGCUCUUAAAUAAAAUAAAUUAAUUUCUGACAAAGUGUUUCAGAAUUAAAAGUUUCACCCUGCACAAGUCUAAUAACAUGUAGAUUGAAAAAGUUAUGGAAACUGCAAGAACUGAAGUUAUGCUAAAACAAUGUUACCCUGACUUCAGUGUUUGGAAAAAUGUACUGUCUACCAAAUCUAUGUUUAAUCUAAUCCAGAUUAUAUUCCUUUCACUUAUAAUUAACUUUAUCAAUUCUACAUUAACCUUACUAACAAUAGUUAUCUGUGUAUGAGACAUAUUUUAUUUUUCACAUUUAAUUUCCUAAUUUUUUACGUCUUCUUUUCUUUCACUCAAAAAGUUGCACUUAUAUGCUGCCUGGGUACAGCUUUAUCUUAACUUAAUGGAAUGACAGCAUCAUGGGACUUCAGACCCUAUAACCACUUCAAUGAGAUGAACUAGUUACAGUGCCUAUAUUGUGUGGUAAAACAAAUAAUUUUAAAUAAGACUGUUUUCAAUAGAUCUCUAAAUGGGGAAUUCAUUUAAAAUGGACAAGCAUUCUGCAUUGGGGAGGGACAUUUUAACACAAACCUGAAAAUGAAUAUUUAAAAAUUAAAGACGACAACACGAAGUAAGCCACUAUUUUUCAAAUGACCGGUCUUGAUGCGGAGAAGAGUUUCCUAUGUCCCAAUCUCUUUUCUUGCUUCCCUUCAGUGGGAAUGGGAUACUAGAUCUCAAAAUGAACUGAAUUUUACAAUUCAAAUUCUGAGGGCAUGGAAAAAGCAAAAUGAAGCACAUGCAUAUAUUGAUUCACAGCCUUUGGCUCUCCGUUGUGUAGAUCAGCUUCUCUUUUUCUGUUUUGUGAAACCAGAUAUUUGAAGUACAUUUCUCAGUCUAAUCAGGAACUAGUUUAUAAUUUUUCAAAGAAUGUUGCUCUGUACUUGAGUUUUCCUUCAUUUUAUAGUAUAGAUACCAUUUCAUUAGUGUAUGAAAGCAAUAGUAAUAGAGUAAAGGUUUACACACAUGAAAGAGAUUAUUGUAUCUGAAAAGUCUUUGAUAUUGUAUCAGAGAAAUAACUAAUCUGCUUAAGUCUCUGCAGCAAUCUACGUACAUGUUUCUUAUUAAUAAUUUUCUUCUAUCUUUGUUAAGUUUGUAUAUUAUUUAGGUCGAGAGAUUUAACAGUAAACCCUUAUACAAAAGAUGGUAGAGAGCGAGCGACACUAUAACAUACAAAAAGGAGGUUCCAUAAGCAUUCUAGCCAAAAAAAAAAAAAAAAUAAAUGAAAGAUUAACACAUUCAAUAUAUCCAGGCAGAAUCAUAUCAUAUCAAAUGGUAUCUUUCUUAAACAGUUCACUAUCUUAAUAAAGAAUGCUGGUGUUCCUCAUUAGUUUUUAAUUUACUUCAAAGUACGCUAAAUUUCAUUUAUUGCAGGAUACAGUACAGAUGCAAUAUUUCAAUGUGUGAAAGAACAGGUCUUAAAUGGCUUUGAAACCUGACAUUUUUCAUGUUUAACCUUUAUUCUACAUUGAAUAAAUUAACAUUGAAUGAUUAGAUUAACUUAGCCCAUGUCUGCUGUGACCAUAGUAAACUGAAUCUGAAUUAUUGUCAUCUUUAAAGUUUUAAGCAAUGUCAGAAAAUGCCAGGACACGAAAAAAAAGUUAACUUCUAAAGCUCUUAAUAUUACAUAACUGAGUAGUCUAGGUGUUUAGUUUUUUCUAACAACAUUCAAUAUAUAGUAGAGAUGAUAUUCAAUACUUAAGCAAGGUUUACAUUUUAUUUCUAAUACAAUAUGGUGAUAUUUAAUACAUGUGACAUUUGAAAUAGGAUAAGAAACAAUCAGAAAUAAAAAUGUUACAUUGUAUUCUAUGCACACGUAAAUGCAGAACUGAAUUGGGGUACAAAUUAAACUUUCCUGUAAUAAAGUGAAAGCAAAUAUGGUCUUCAUUCUAAGAUAAAUCCUUCAGUAUUUUUGCUGCUCCAUUGAUGUCAUACCUUACAUUUAGCUUUUUAAAAUAAAGAAAUUAUUUUUUUUAUAAAACAGCACCGUAUAGGGCUUAACAAAUGUUUAAAACAAUCUAUUUAUAAUUAUCUGAGUAUGUCUUUUGAUACAUAUUUAUGCUAGAUUUGGCGAUGUAUACACUUCACAUUGAAACAGCACUCUUGGGAUUUUGUGACAUUUCAGUUUACAUUUUAAACUUUUAUCAGGACAAAAUAAGAACUAUACAUAGAUGCAUAAUUUAUACUUGGCAUCAAAUACAAACAAAAGAAAUACCAUUAGCCUAUGUCUGUGAAUGCCAGAAUUGGAAUGUACCCUUCCCAUGAACACAAUAGUGCUCCCACUCUUUCCUGUAAUGUCACUUAAUAUGUUUCUAUUGUGACACAACUGUAAGUGAACCAAAAUGAGAAUGUGCUUAUGAACAAAUGCACAAGAUACAUAAUCAAAGUACCUGCAUAACAAAUGCAUUGACAACAUUGACAUUUAAAAAUACUGGUUUCAUAUUCAGUGUUUCUAAAACAAUGUCUGGGCUCGCAAAAAUUAAUAGAAACUUCAAUGAUGUAUUUUGCAAAAAUGAUAUACUUGUAAUUAACAAUGUCACUACUGGUUGAGUAUAAUAAUAGUUUAGGUAAUUAAUUGUGCUAGGAAGGAACAGCACAACUAAAAACUAAUGGUACUGUGCUUCAAACUGUGGCAUACAAGUUAGAUACAAUAAGCUGCUAUAUAUUUAUCUGCACUGUAAAGGUAUCAUUUUACCUGGGUGAUGCUCUUAUUUCCCAAUAUAACAUUGAAGCUGUGUUACCACACACUAUACUGAAGCAUUAGAAUAAGAAUUGAUUGAUAAGAAAUUAUAUUUAGAAUUGUAAGCUCUAAGGAAAGCAACAUCUCUGAACUCCCUGCAUUGUACAUCAUGAAAGAAAGAAAGAAAGAAAUAGAGGGAAAUGUACAUUGCACAAGGAUUAAUUUGUGUAACAUGUAUACGUUGUGCCCAAUUUGUGUAAACAUUGUGCCCAAACACACACACAUACACACACACACCAGAAUUCCCAAGAAAGGGUUAACUGGGACCUCUAUUUCUUGCUCAGUGAUGUUAUGAUUCAAUGUCUAUUUCAUCCAAGUUCUUGUAAUUACUAACUGCUUAUUUAACUAUUUGGCUCAUUGUUCGAUUAUUCAGUUGCACUUGUCUGACUUGCCAUGUGUAACCUUGUUGCCUAGCAGCAUUAGAUCAUCUUCCCGGCUACUCUCUUGUAUUGUCCUUGUUCCUUGUAUUGUCCUUGUUCCUUGUAUCCUGCUCAAUGUGUCCCGAUAACCUUGCUCCUUGCAUACUGAACCUGGCUAUCUUUCAAGCUUCAAGGGAAUUGGCACUCAACUGCAGUUAUAAUCAAUAUAGAGAAAUGUCUCUUUAGGGAGUUAGUGGUUGUGCAGGAAAAGGAUAAUGCAGCUGUAUUGGGAUUGUGGGAAGCUAGAGGUUUGCUUACAGGGAUAGAACAAUCACAGGACAUUCUUAAAAUUUUAAUGUUUGUAUAGUAUCCCACAUGCAGUUAGUUUUCUAUGCAAACCGAGAUAUUGCAUAGGUAGAGAAGAAAGGUAUCUCUAAAUGAUUCUGUUUGCUGAUUUAACUACAAAGUCAAAUCUAAGGAUGGGAUUGAAGAGAUCAACAUAAGCAGAAAGACAAGCAUACUUUUGGUAACAUGGUUCAGAUUAGAGCUCAAGUAAAUACUUUGUAUUGCACUAUGAAAGAAAAUAAUUGAUAAAUACAAAGUUGUACCUAUCAUCUCUUAAUAGUGAGGAUGAGAUUGUGUGAAGGUUUGGUCUCUGAUGAAUGUGGAAGUGUCAGGUGUCAGAGAGAUCUAGUGAAUGGGGUUAUUGUAAUUCAUGACAUGUUCAUUACUGACUACAUUCUUAGAGCAUCCCUUCAUAUCUGCUGCCAUUCUGGAUAUCAGACCCCAAUAGGUUAUUCAUUAUAAUGGACAUUGCUUCUAGGUCUAUACUCAUAGUAAACACAAUAAUUACCUAUUUGCAUUAUUGAAGGCCUCCUGGGAAGUGCAAUAAAUGUUGCCAAGCUUCUCCAACUUUUUGCAAUCUACCCAAUUGUACAUGGAGAUUAUUCUACUGUAUAUAUUGUAAAUAUUCAAUAUCUACCAUUACUGUUUUAUUCACCCACUAUUAUUGUUACCAAGUAGCUCCGUUGUGUAUGAGCUCAAGUGUCACAGUCUAUGCCAAAAGUGAAAAAGUAAAAUAAUUUAUAUGACUGCUUAAACUAUUGUCUCCUCCAAUCACUGCACAAUAUUGCACCAACAUUAUUCAGCUCUAACUAGUGUGCCUUAUUCAUGCAUUUUUUCAUUUUCUUUUUUUAUAAUCAUUUAUCAGAUUUUCAAAUGUGCACUGCCUGUUUCUUUGUUAAGCUUAUAAAAUGGUUUGAUUUAAUUAUGAUUGGUCUUUUGAUUAGCUUUCACAUUUUCUUUUUAAUAAAUAGAAAGAGUUCCUAUUCGAGGUGGCUAAAGCUGUUUUGAUUAAUGCAACUUAAUCUACAAUAAAAGAUGUUAGUUGGUAUACGCAUGUUAAAAAAGGAAAAUCACUUAAACUGUCAAGCAUAAUGUAUAAAGCAUUUUCAUACUAAUUUCAAAGUUCACACAAUCUGUUAAAAAGAAUUUCCAACACCGACAUAAUGCUUCUGCUGGCUGAGUCGUCAAUGGAAUUCCCAAAUAGGUACCUUUGAAUGAAAUUGCAGGUACAUUUUAAUGUAACUGAUGACUUUUACAUAUGACAAAAAAAAAAAAAUUGAUUAUUUUCUCAAAAUGUAUAUUGCAUAUUAUAGAUGAGAGUAGCUUUAAUGACUAUGGAAAAGUUAUGCUUUUUAUAAUAGAUUUAUUAUUAUUAUUAUUAUUGUAAAGUCCAUAUUUACGUUUCUUAGCAUAAAAGCCGUAUUCAUUCCAGAACAGACAUAACCAAAAAUUACUGGGCUUACUACUGGAGGAAGCCAAUGAUUUAAUCCCAGUUCACUGGUGACAAACACAGAUACCAACUAAAGAACCAAGGUUACAGAUAGUGAAAGUAAUGAGGGAGUUGGAGGAGUUGCACUGGUCAGUUAAGGCUAAAUGAAAUUCCUACCUACAGGUCUGGGAACCUUGGCUAGAACAUUGGAGAUGUGAUAUAUGAACAAACAUGGCAAGUGUGCAGACACUUUAGGUUAGACCGAAAUGACAUGCAUUAUAGGACAUCCUCCCCCAUCUCCCCCUACACAUAACCAAACAAACAAGGCACUAUUAUUGAGAUAGUAGACAGUGUGCGAUCACAGGAUCAUGACCAGGGAGCAACCCGAAAGACAAAGAGAGGGGAAACCCAUCAUACUCCGAAGGGCCACUCUAUACACACAGAAACAGGCACUACAUGCGUACCCUGCACACCUUAGAACCUACAUUAGUAGUUGCACUAUCUCUAGCAAGACCAUUUAGCCUGUAUUACAAGCAUUUUCUGAUAUCUUAAUAUUCUUAUUCAAUUUUUAAUUAAUAAUUAAUUAAACUUUAAUUAAACAGGAUAUAUUAAUCUCCAAACCAAUUUUAUUUUGUUAGUAGUACUGUGCCACUGGUAGGCGCUAGGCACAGCAGUAACCUAAACGGUCUCAAAUUAGGAUCAAUCACCCAGGCUAUUUAUCUCCCAUCACAAGUUGGAGUAAGUGGCAUGGGCAGAAAUGAAGCAGGCGCUGCAGUAGCCUAAGCCUAAUCAUUCUCACACUAGAAUCAUUGACCCAAGCUAUCUCCCAGUCCCACACAGGCACAGCAUUAUACAACAUAAUAUUACUGCUAAUCUGUCUUCCUCACUAGCUACAAAGUGUCUGCAACAGUCCAUCUUGGAAAUGUUUAUUUUUUUGUUUCUUCUUUUCCCCUCUACUCGUCAUUGCUCACUUAAUCUGUGAAUUAAAUCAAGCUGAUCAGGCCAACACUGGCCAAAUCUAUUUCAUACGAUAAUAAAUUAUCAGGUCUAAACAUCUAAUUUCAUGGCAGAUUAUUUUAUUCUAUUGUAGUUUUGUGGUUAACAAAAAUUACUUAAAAACUUAAAAAAACAAAAAAGUUUAUUUGAUGAGCAUACAUUUCAUAUAUGAUAUAUAGCAAAUCCCUGACAUUUGUUAUGUUAUUGGAACAUAAAACUAACCAUAUCACUCAUGUAAAAUAAUCUGGUUAAUAGGUAAUUUUAACCUUUAGCUUCUGCUUACAAAUUGUACUUCUUCUAUGUCCAAUAGGCUCUUCAAAUUAUUUUACUUUUGUUUGGAUUUGUUCCAUAGCAUUGAUUUAUGGCUUGCUUACUUGACUUUUGAUUCCAUGCUUACUGCUUACUUUAUACCUGUGACUCAGGUUUCCUAAUUUUCUGUGAUCCUGACUUGGAAAAUGCUUUUGGUAUAUGCUUCUGCUUCUUCCCUCUGUAUAUCAAUGUGAUAUACUUGUUUACAACUAUACUUGCUUUGGAACUAUGCUGCAUGGAUUAACUUGUUUAACUCGCACAUUCCAUAGCAUUAAUUCUUUAUGAAUGAACUAUUCCUGUGCAUGUUAUAGUUAUCUGGUUUCACUUAAAACACUUAAUUCCUGAAAAAUCCAAAUUUAUUUUUUUUUCCCUCUAAUGUUGGUUAAUUUUAUAACAUCUUUAUUAAAAUUAAAUAUCCGACAUUUAAAAAAACAAAACAAAAAACAAGGGUUGACAGCAACAAGAAUAUUCUCUUACCAUUUGAUGGAGGUUUUUUUUUUCUUGACAGCCAUUAUCUUGAAUUUUGUUCAUUGAAGUUAUGUGUGUAGAGAAGAAUAAACACUAACCUAUUUACAGGCACACAGAUCUAAAUUGUGUUUAAUUGUGAACCUCUCUGAAACGUGUAUACACAUUUCCAUUAAAUUAUCCAGUUCCUUGUCUCAGGACUUAUCUGCUGUCGAAAUACCUGCCCCUUUGCCAUAUGAAAACUACUGAAUACUGAAAAAUUUUACUUUUGCUUGUUUCUAGACUUCACUGUGGAUCUAUAUAUAUAUUUAAAUAUUAUUUUUUUCCAUUAAGCCUGGCCAUUUUAAGGAUCAGUAAUAUCCCUCAUUCACUGCCUGUUUACUCUGUAGUACAUCCAUUCUAGACCAUGAGAAGGGUGCCAGACUAGCAUAACAAUUAUUCCUUACACACUAAAGUGAUUUCAACUAUUCUCUUGCAUUCAUUACACAUUCAAAUUAGAGAAUUUAUGAUCUAUUCUUUAAAUCAUCUAGCAUUGUCUGUUUUCGCCCAUAACUAAACACAUACAUCAGAUAUACCUUUUGCUGCUAGGGAAUUUUCAUUCUUAGUUCAACAGUACUCUGCAGGGUAUUGUAGUUCAAGCACAAACAUCCAAUUUCCCUAAGGGCAUAACAUCAGACUAGAUGAUAUUCAGGUUCUAGUUCAAAUUGUGAUAGGCCUUGUAAGACUUAACUUGCAUAUUUUAUAUUUAUUCUGCAUAAUUUAUUCUGACUUGCAUAUAAAGUAAUGCUCAGUGCAUUUUUUUUCUUCUGAACUUGUUCAGAACUUUUUGCUCUUAUGUUUCAAAUCAAUUUUAAAUCCCAAAUGUACAAGACUGCAAGGACAAUAUUUUAUUUUAUUCUAAUAGUAAAAUCAUUAAAUCUUCUCACUGUGCUAGAAGUAUACUUUUUAUUAGUUGUUUAAAGCUGUGUUUAUUAAAUCACAGAACUUCAUCUCAUAAAAAUAUUUACCUCUUUUAAGCAAAAUGUACUUUCUAUAUAGAUUGUUUAUUGUAUCUGCUAAACUUUAAAUACCUUUCAAAAUAUGCAUUGUAUUGAAAUGUAUGAUCAUUUUCUAUAACAUUUUUUUUUCUGUUUAUCAUAUGUUCAAGAUCAUUAAUUAUAUAUCAAUAGUAUAAUUAAGUAUAAGUACUAAGAUAUGUACUGCACUUGUCUGCACCGACCCAUUACACUGAUUAUCUAUUGAAAAAUACCAAUAAUAUAAACAUUAAAAUAAUUCAUAUAAAACAUUUUUUUGCAAUUAUACCUAUAUUUAAAAUGUGAUACUGAUUACAGUUUGAUCACUCAAAAUGUAUUUUCUUUAUAUAGUUGAAGCAAAUCUGUGGGGAAAUAUUAAUGGUUGGCAUUCAGCAUCUAUGUUGGCUAUCUAAAAUGAAUGAAAGUGAGUGUAAUUAAUUGAGGAAGACUCAUGAGACUCAUUUUUUUAAAUAUAUACCCAUAACGGUUUCCAUCAUUGAAUACAUUCACAAAUAUAAAGAAAAACUAAUUUUGUUGCUUUAAUGUAAAGUUAAAAAAACACAUCAGGUGAAGAUUGGUUUGGCCUCUGGAUAAACUGUUGCUUGAAUGUCUGGCUCUGUAUUUCCAUACCAACAAUCUGCAUCCUAAACUAUCCAACAGGCGUGGUUGAAUAGCUGAUAAGUAGAAAUGACCUCCCUAAUCUCUGGAUGCAUUUCUGGCACUGUCAGCUGCCUCCUUUCAAUGGACACCAGUGUCCUCUAAAUGAUAACCAUCAUGAGCACUGACCAUAAAAACAAUGGAACUCAUAAAAGCUAGUCAUACUAUCUCUCCAUUAAGACUCAAUAAUUUUUUGGCUAAAUAGAGAGUUUUUUUUCUCUUAUUUUUUUCCCUUUUACUUGAAAGGAAACUCAAUACUCUGUGGUUGGCCUUACACAAAAUAUAUUUUACUGAGAAUAACUCAAUCCAACCUUCUUAGUCCUGAACAAUUUAUUGUUGAGAAUCAUUCUCCCCUUUCUUCUCUUUUUUCUGGUUUACCUUUUGUGGGUCAUUGUUGGAACUCUUACAAUUUCUAGUCAAAUUAAACCUGUUCUACUAUUGAAAGAACAGAGUUUCUCUUGUGCCCUAAAAUGCAUUUACGAGAAGGUGAGAUUGGGGUAUGCAAUUACCUUUGUGACUCCUGGACAACCCCUUAUUGUUGUUACAUUUAAUUACUCCUUAUCUAAACUCCUUAUCAUAAACUAAUGUAACAAAAACAAAAAGCAUAUAUUACAUUACUGUAUCUCCCUAUUCACAGCUGCAAUACAGUCUAUAUCACAGAAAAAUAUGAAAGAGCCUGUGUUAGAUAAUUGGACUUGUCACGCAGGACCAUCACUGAGUGGGAUUAUAGCUACAGUGGUUUUUGCAAAUCAUGAAGUUGUAACUAACAGAUUGAACUGAUGUCAAGACAGAGGAGCUCAUUGCUCAUAAUUUGUAAAUGGAGUAUAUAUUGGAGUAGCACUUUGAUUAUCCACUUAAACAUAUAGCAGUUUGACAUAUAUUUUAAAUCUAUGUCUAACAUCAUGCAUAUACAAUGGUGGAAAUAACAAUAAUCCCAAGGCACACCAAUUUCCCCAGAGGAAGGCUUCCUAGCCAAAACGUCUGGGUUUUUAUUUCUCCUGCUCUCGGUCAGUAUACCUUUUAAAUGGGUGAUUACAUUUAGCACUUUAUUACUGUGGUUUUUGGUACUAUUAAUGGGCUAUGCACUAUACUAUGCACUUUCCUUCUGUUAACAUAUUCUGAUGUACUUUGUAUGCAUGAAUAAAACUCUUUUUUAUGUGCAAAUUGGUGUGCCUUGGGAUUAUUGUUAUUUCUAUUAUAUAUUUAUAUCCGGUGUGGGUACGGAUUUUUUUCCCCUUAAAGAGCACCCUGUACCUUUAAAACCACAUAUUCACCACCCAUUUUCAGUUGAGCUCUUCCUAUACUAUAUGUGUAUAUACAAUGGUGGAACUGACUGACAUUAAAUCAACUCUGUCAGUUCCCAAAAACAAUUUUGUUGUUAUUUAUAAGCAAUGUUGUAAAUGUAUUCUGCUGUUUUGUAGUUAUGAAUAGUCUCUUUGUUUUUUUUAUAAGUCAUAGCCCUUCAGAAGAUUUGUGUUUCUUUCUUAUGAACAACCAUUAUUCAAAAUGUGCACUUUAUUUUACUUUUUCUCAUUUGAUUUUAAUCUUGCUUCUCCUAGAACUUCAAUGGCACAUUUUAUUUACUAUUGCAAGAAUUGAAACGCAGCUGCUCCAAAGUUCUUUUCAUUUAAAUUCAUCAGUGCUUGUUUCAGAAUCUAUGCACAAACAGCUUUGGUUUUAAAAAUGUAUUCAACAAAUUCUGUCAGAAUAAACACCACAAAAAAAAAAGAUAAUAAUGUUUUUUUUACAAAUAUAUAUCAAAAAAGGCAAAUACAUUAUGAUAUAUUAAAAAUAAUUUUUAGUAUAUUUUUUUUUGUCCCAAAUACUAUUCGUCUUGAAUGUUGUUGGGUAGGUUCAGGAGUAUAUUUUUAAAUACUUUAAAUGUUAUACUAUGCAAAAUGAAUAAGUAAUGUGUAGUCUAUUGAAAAGUCAUUUCUUUUUGCACUUCACAUCCAAUGCACUGCCAUAAAUGCAAUUAUUUGCUUUCUUCCUUGUACUUUUCAUGUGUAUUGUGACAUUUGACAGCCUAUCCUAUAUUUAUACGAUUGUUACAUGAUGGCUUCAUUACUGUCAGCCUGUUGGAAAACAAAUACGAACACUGCUGUCCCAUGAACGUUCAGAUCCAUUGGAAAUUACAGAGCGGUACUAAAUUUUGGGAUUGUUUGACAAUGGCUUGUUCCUUUUUAGUAUAAUUUGGCUAAAAUAUCUUUGUUACAUAUUUUUAAACUUUACAAUGCAUUUGUAUUAGAGUGCAAAAUAUACACCUAUGUUUUCAUAACUAUAAUAAUGUGUAUAUGUAUUUAGACAAUGUUACCACUUUAAAAUACUUAUCUUGACCCUUCUUGAGUUUAUUAGCAAUAACCUAGUAAACGCCUAUCUCUUUAAAGAUGAGAUAAAAUUUGAUUGCAAUAACAGCAAUGAACUUGUAAUUGAUCUGACUGGUAUGGUUUACUUGUACCUCUUUGCUCUUGUGAUAAAGUAUACUUGUUUCUUUCUUAUUUGAUACUUCAUAGAUGUACAGAUCGGUUUUGACAAUAAAUGCUUAGGAUAAUGCCCCAAUCUAGAAGGUGGACUUCAGACCCUUAAGUCAUAGCCAGAUACUCCUUAGAUUUAAGUCACUUUAUAUGUGGAUUAACAUUAAUAUUUGAUAAAGGUGGUUGGACGCUUAGCAGUGAAAUGUAUAUCAGCAAUGUUUCACCUCUAAUACUUGGAGGUUUUCCCUAUGUGCAAGCUUUAGUUUAUAGCAAUAUCUCACUUUUGGCUUAGUGCAGCGAAGUCCAAAGUAGGUUAAAAGUAGUGAACAGGAACAACUAUUUAGUAUCUAACUGUGACAGCUUUAGAUUACAGUUACUGAGUUACUCUCAUAUACAGGUCUUUUUUUCUCUCUUGCUUUCUCCUCCCUCAUUCUAUCUAUAUACACCUUGUUAAAUAUAUGGUAGAUUGCAUAAUUGCUAAUUAGCAAUUGAGAUAAUUUCUAUAUUCUUCUCCUCCUAGUACUAUUAUGUUUAUUAAUCUUGCUUGAUUUACUAUAUGUAUUUAAUUUAAUUUUAGGUUAUUAUUACCUAGAUGGUAAUUUCAUUGCCCUCAUUUGCAUUUAACUUUUUUCACUGACAUGCUUCUAGUCUGGAUUUGGAAUUAGUAUAACAAUCUUAUUCUCCUGGUCAUUCUAAAUAUACAGCUAGGAGAAUAUUGACUUAACAGUAAACAUCAAGCUAGUCCCUAUACUAUAAACUGAACCUCAUUUUGGAAGCCUACGUGAGACCUGUUUAACAUGGAGCUCUCUAGUUUGCAUAUUUUUCAUUAGAUAGACUUGAGGGAUUUUAUGUAUAAAACUCUAGACAUCCAGACAUCAAUAUAUGACGAUCUUAAUUUUAUUUUGUUUAUUUAUGAAUAGGCAAAUAUAACAACGCUUUCAAAGGCAUACACAUAUGAAUAUUGCUGUAACUUUGUAUAAUGCUUAUUUUAUAUAUGUCUUAUGUGAGAGAGGUUACUUUUAAUGGAUUUUGUUUAUUACACUUAACUAGCUGAUAUUUCAGCAUAUUGUGUAUAUACACCCUCUAAUUUUUUUAUACACAGAGGCGAUUUUUUUCCACUGGUGGAGGGAGUCCCUUAGAUUUUUCUGGGAGUCUUCUCUCCUUUUCGUCUUGCUGGUUUAAUAAUUGUGCAUGGUACUUUUCACAGAGUACAUUUUUUUUUGUGGCACAGAUGCUGAGAUAAGAAAGCUUGUAAAUGACAUUUUGGCCUUCCUCUGUUGCAAUGUCAGUUUUAUUGGUAAUAGGCACUAAUAAAUAACCCCUACUUUCUGAUAUGAAAAGGAACUGAUAAAUAUGUCAUGAAAUGUUUUCGGUGUGAUUUAUACUCAGAGGUAUAGGACACUCUCCUAAAUAAUUAUUAGAUAGUGAUUUAGUCUUUUCAUAAAUAAAAAAAACUUGUUGUUGAAGUUUGAACGUUCCUUUAAUAUAGAUGACUAAGAUAAGCAAUCAUAAAUGAAAGUAAAUACAAAUCAGAAAGACAUGGAAAGUCACCGAUUACAUAAAUGUUCAGACCAUUGACAGAUCGUUAUCAAGAUGCAGCCAUACUGUACAUAACUAUGAUGUACUACAAGAGGAAAGAAACCUGCAAAUUUACGUACAACAAUUUUAAUUAAGUUUAAAUUGAUUUCUAAGAAGAUAAAUGGCUUCAUUAUUGCAUCUCACACAGAGCACCUUAGCUGGAAAUUAAACAUCACUGGAAACUUCCUGACAGUUCACUGAUAUUAACAGAUUUAUAUUAUGUUUUCCUGUUGAAUAUUUUCUGUUUGAUUUAUGCAUGUAAACAUGUUGAACAAGCUUGCAGUGUUCUUGACUUAAUUCUUACAGCCACAUUAAAGCAUCAGUUAAACAAACUGACAAAUGGUUGAAUGUUCUUUAAGAUUGUCUGUUUCAGCACAUAUCUUUGUUAGACACUCUGAAUGCUGCUGUUAAUGCAUAAUUUAUUGUAAAGAGAAAGAGUAUAGCUUGGUUGCUUCAUCUAAGUGUUGCUUCUAAGUGUGUAGUUAGAGAUAUUCUGGAGAGUGUUGCUUCUAAGUGUGUGGAGAUAUUCUGAAGAGUGUUGCUUCUAAGUGUGUAGUUGGAGAUAUUCUGGAGAUAACCUGGAGGUAAUCUGAGGUAUUCAGGAGGAUAAAGAAAAAAGUUAAGAGUUGUUUGAUUUAAAUUAUUCUCCUCAUUGGAAUGGCAGACUUAGUUCAGUGUAAUAGUUGCUAUGCAUUUGUUUCACGUUCCACUUUUUAGAGAUUUGGUUGUUGUCUAAUCUGUAGACAGUUCUCUAUCUUGCGGCAGGAGAUUGUAUUUUUGAAGUCUGAGAUUUGUAAAUUAUCUGGUGAACAAACUCAGACUGGAACUACUACAAAGCAACUGCCGCAGAGACAUACUAGGAAUGGCAGAUUGAUUACUGUAGGAUCUGGUAGACUUAGAGUUGUGGAUAGAAGGCAUUUUGCACAGUCUGUUGCUCUACAUAAUUCAUUUUCUGCAUUUUCAGAGUGUAAUGGUGUCGUGGAGAGAGGCACUGAGGAUAGUGGUGUUGUGGAGAGAGGCACUGAGGUUAGUGGUGUUGUGGAGAGAGGCACUGAGGCUAGUGGUGUUGUGGUGAGAGGCACUGAGGCUAGUGGUGGUGUGGAGAGAGGCACUGAGGCUAGUGGUGUUGUGGAGAGAGGCAUUGAGGCUAGUGGUGUUGUGGAGAGAGGCACUGAGGCUAGUGGUGUUGUGGAGACCGGCUUGGAGACUAUGGUGAGGCCUAAUAGAAAGCAGUUGUUGUUGGGGGAUUCCAUCAUAAGAGGUGUGGAGAUGGACAAUGGUGGUCUUGUGAGGUGUCUUCCUGGAGCUAUUGCUCACAGAGACAGGAGACGUAGCUGUAAUAUUGUUAAGCAAGCAAAGCUGGAAGGGGAAUUGGAUGUACUUGUCCAUCUAGGGACAAAUUACUUGGCUUGCAAUGAGGUUUCAGAGGUUAAGGAAGUUUUUAGUGUUUUUGCCAAUGAUAAAUGGCAGGUUGCUUCCACACUGUCAUUCUCUGAAGUUCUGCCUGUGCAUAACACUCAGAACGACAGGCGGAUGCGUAUUAGGGACUUUAAUUUGUGGCUUUGUGAAUGGUGUCGGGAGCAAGGAUUUGGCUUUAUUUCUCAUAGUAGCUCUGUUUGGAAUGGAAAUAAGCUGUACAAAACAGAUGGUUUGCAUCUUUCUCAAAUGGGAACAAAUGUUCUCAGUGAGCAGUUCAUAGGUUUUGCUAGGAUGUAUUUAAACUAGGAGGGGGUGGGCAAAAGGGUGAUAAAACAUCAAUCCAAUUGUCCCGCAAAACAAGGACAGAAGGUGCUUGUAGCAAAUGUGUUAAAAAAUGAUAAGCUUAGAGUCAUGUCUACAAAUGCUUGCAGUUUAGGGGAAAAGAUCCAUGAACUUGUGGCAAUAAUGGCAACUGAUAAUGUAGAUUUAGUCGCUGUUACUGAGAAAUGGUAUAAUGAGAAAAAUGACUGGGACAUAGCAAUACCAGGGUACUCUUUAUAUAGAAAAGAUAGGGAAGGCAAGAAAGGGGGGGGGGUGGCCCUGUAUGUGAAGGAUAGCAUAAAAUCUAGCUUAAUAAAAGUUAGUGAGGCAAACAUAGAGUCCGUUUGGAUUACGUUAGAAUUUGGUAAUCACCCAGUAACUCGUGUAGGUGUGAUUUACAGGCCCCCAGGACAAAUUGAAGAGUUGGAUAAUCUACUAGUUGAGGAAAUAGCUAAAAUGACAAUGAAGGGGGAAGUUAUCAUCAUGGGUGACUUUAAUCUUCCUGAUGUAAAUUGGAAAACAAAAUUAGCUACUUGUGCCAGGAGCACACAUAUUCUAAACUCCCUACUGGGAUUGUCUCUAAAACAAGUUGUUGAGGAGCCAACUCGUAAAGAGGCCAUACUAGAUUUAGUGUUAACAAAUGGAGAUUUGGUAUCAGAUAUUACUGUAGGUGAAAGUUUAGGAUCCAGUGAUCAUCAGUCAGUGUGGUUUAAUAUAAGAACAGUGACUGAGUCACACCACACAAAAACAAAAGUUUAAGACUUUAGAUAAACAGACUUUUCUAAAAUUAGAAUAUGUGUAGAGGAGUCAUUAUCAAACUGGAGCAAUUUAAAUGGAGUCCAAGAGAAAUGGGAUUAUUCAAAAGUCGCACUAUUGAAGGCAACAGAAAAUUGCAUUAGGCUUGUCAGUAAAAGCACUGUGGUACUCCACAGAUGUGGCCAAAAUAGUUAAAAACAAAAAGGUAGCAUUUAGGAAUUAUAAAAAAACCCAGAGUGAGUAAGACAAAAUGAUCUAUAAGAUUAGGCAGAAAGAGGCUAAGCAAGUUAUACGAGCUUCCAAAUCACACACAGAAGAGAAAAUAGCACAGUCAGUAAAAAAGGGGGACAAAACUUGUUUUAGAUAUAUAAAUGAGAAAAGAAAAGUAAAACAAGGAUUAAUUAGAUUAAAAACAAAAGAAGGGAGGUAUGUAGAAGAGGAUAAAGGUCUAGCUGACUGCCUCAAUUAAUAUUUUUGUUCUGUAUUUACAGAUGAAAAUGAAGGAAAGGGACCUCAGUUGAGAAAAGGGAUAAAUUAGUCAUUUAUUACACGUGAGUUUACAGAGGAAGAGGUUCUAUUUCAACUGUCAAAAGUAAAGAAAAAUAAGUCAGUGGGACCAGAUGGAAUACACCCAAAGCUAUUAAAAGAGCUUAGUGGUGUACUAGCAAAACCAUUAACAGAUUUAUUUAACCAAUCAUUGUUAACAGGACUAGUCCCAGAAGAUUGGAAGUUAGCGAAUGUUGUGCCCAUUUACAAGAAAGGUAAUAGGGAGGAGUCGGGCAACUAUAGGCCAGUAAGCCUUACUUCAGUAGUGGGGAAAGUGAUGGAAACCAUGUUAAAGGAUAGGAUUGAUGAACAUCUAAAAACACAUGGAUUUCAAGAUCAGAGACAACAUGGGUUUACUUCAGGGAGAUCAUGCCAAACUAAUCUUAUUGAUUUUUUUGAUUGGGUAACUAAAUUUAUAGAUCAGGGUGGUGCAGUAGACAUUGCGUACCUAGAUUUCAGUAAGGCUUUUGACACUGUUGCACAUAGAAGGUUUAGCAAUAAACUGCAAUCUUUAAGUUUGGAUUCCAAUAUUGUUGAAUGGGAAGGCAGUGGCUGAGUGACAGACAACAGAGGGUUGUAGUUAAUGGAAUAUAUUCGAAGCUUGAACUUGUCACCAGUGGGGUACCUCAGGGAUCUGUACUUGGACCCAUUCUCUUUAAUAUUUUUAUUAGUGAUAUUGCAGAAGGUCUUGAUGGUAAGGUAUGUCUUUUUGCUGAUGAUACUAAGAUAUGUAACAGGGUUGAUGUUACAGGAGGGAUAAGAAAAAUGGCAAAUGAUUUAGGUAAACUAGAAAAAUGGUCAGAAUUGUGGCAACUGACAUUUCAUGUGGAUAAGUGCAAGAUAAUGCAUCUUGGACGUAAAAACCCAAGAGCAGAGUACAGAAUAUUUGAUAGAGUCCUAACCUCAACAUACUGAUGGAACACAAAUACCCGGAAGCAGAAGUCUCGCCCGAACGUAUGCACGACGAUGGCGCUUGCGUUCCACCGAUGGAACGCAACCACCCGGAAACGGAAAUAACGUCCGGACGUCAGAACCACCAUUUCCUAAUGAACUCUCAUUAUGUACUAUUUAAAAAGGAUAUGUUUUAUACACCCCACAGCAACUGAUAAAGCCUCUGAAUGAGGCGAAACGCGUUUUGCACUAAGGACUCAUCCUACUACCUACCUUCAAUACUGUAAGGUCUUGUUAUUUUUAUAUUUUUUAUCUUUAUUUUACUAUACUUGUGCACUUUAUAAUAAAGCACUUUGGAACAACAUACCUAUCUCUGAGAGCAUACUUGGCUACCAGCAAUAUAAAGAAGGCAGUGGGAACCUUAUAUCCCACAAUACUGGAAAAUUGAGCCCUAUCUAUAGGCUCUUUAUUUGUGAGUGAUAUUCCACCUACCUCACCAUAUUCUCUAUAUUUUAUAGACAAUAUUGCACUAUUAUGUGUCUUAUUUCUCUUUGAUUUUAGGAUUACCUAAUAUUGAAAACUCUCAUAAUAAGAAGAAUCUCCACCUUAUAUUGUAUGUAUUGUAACUUGUUGUGAGGUGAAAGGGAAACUCACUAAGGUGUUUUGAGGACUUCUUAUUUCAUUUUUUUUGUGUGUCACACUGUUAUACUACUAUAUUGUACAGUAAAUCAUUUGGGCCUAACGUGUCCCUAUGGGAAUUUACCUCCCUCCCAGUUAUGCAGCAUUAUCUUGUGAUUGCCAUUAGAAGUCUGUGGGGGGGAGGGGGAGUUUAUGAUUAAAUUAUGGUCUGUCUAGCUGAGCCCUGCAAUGGAGCAUUGUGAUGUUUCCCUGUAAUAAGGAGCAAGUUCCCUCGACCUUAGCUCAGGGGGAGAGUAAGUGCUAGUGGUUAACCAGUCUAUAUGGUGUCCAACAAAAGUAAAGCAAAAAUAAAGCAAAAGGAAAUCCAGAAGCAAUGAAAAAUGUUUCGGCUGUAAUAUUGUAUUGAGCAGGCAUCUGAUGUAGUGAAGUAAGUUGGAGAGACACACAGAGUCAGGAACUCCCGUAUUUUCAGGUUAUAAUGCCCUCCUCUGUUCUUCCAUGGAUUUCACCUUAUUGUUGGUGACUUGUUGCUGUUUUUGAAGAACUUCGAGUUUUUGCUUCUAGUGAUCCGUAAAGUAGCACCUUCUAUGGCAUCCUUAAUGUAGUCCAUAUCCACAGUCUCAGUUCUGUCAGCAUGGUUUUUAGCUGCACAGCCAUGACCGGGUGGAGUGGAGUGCUUAAUGGGUACACAGAUUGACAGACUGUGUGAUGCCCCUGCUUCUGGAUCAAAGGGGGUACUCUCCAAAGAACUGGAGGAUUCUUUACCCUCCAGUGCCAUUUUGUUUUGGAGCGACCGCUGAGAGCCCUGCAGGAGUUCCCUGAUGUCUUGGCUUGCUGUACUCUUGUCGGCCUUUGCUUUUUCAUUUAUUGCCUUUCCACAGCAGGUAGGGGGUGGUUGAGCAAAUAUGUGCCGGUUUUCACCUCUAAAACCUCAAUGAUGUUGUCUGUAAAUCUUGGAGAUCAUGCCCAUGCAUCCACUCUGUUCAACAACUAGCUCUGCCCCCCAGCACCAGCUAUAUUAAUCAUCUAAAAUAAGGGAAAUUUUUACAUUAUUUUAUUUUGUGCAGUUCAUAAUUGCAUCCAUUAAGCUUUCUUAGACAGAUGUGGUAUUAAAGGGUUACUACAAUCAAAACAGUGUUUAAGAAAAUUUAUUUUAGUUAGAGUAACUCUUCUUAUAAAACAAACAAACAAAAAAAACAAAAAAAAAAUUUCACUUAGAGGCCCAUACACUUUCACCAUAUGAUUCUGCUACUCCCCACUGCCCUUCCUAUUGUGUUUUUAUACCCAACCUCUUCAAGAUUGUAAGCUCUUUUGGCAAGAGUUCUCAUCAUUGCUCCUGUUAUAUUGUUACAUUUCUAUUAUUACAUUUUUCCCUUUAUAAUAUUGAAAAGUGCUGUUGAAUAUGUUGGUGCAAUAUAAAUGACAAUAAUAAUAAUUGUGCAAACAAUAAUUUCAGCUUUGUCUGUUUGGGACCCUUCAGACUUUCUUGAAAAUUUAGCAGACUCUAUUUCUGAGAGAAAAUAUUUGCUCAACAAAGCUGAAUGUGUUUUUUUUUUUUUUAAUUUAGAAAAAAUGUAAACUAUAUUGUAAAAUGGUAAUACACUAGAAACCUGGAUGUGUACUUCUGUAUGCUUUCAUUUAGAAAUCCAUUUUCAUACAAAAAGGUAUUUUUUUUUUCAAUCUAAUUUUAGGUCACAAAAAGGUUAAAGUUAAGUAUAUUAUCAUGUGUUCAUUGUAUUGUUCAUUUACACAGUGCUCUCCUACUUCAGAAAAAGCAAACACCAGUCUUUCAUUCCUGAAAUAUUUUGUUUGUCAAGGAAGUUUUAAAAUAUUUGUGCACUUAGGAAAUAUAAUUGAAACUGUUCACAAUUGAUUUUGGGAAUACAUACACUAUACACAAAUAUAUAUAUAUAUAUAUAUAUAUAUAUAUAUAUAUAUAAUAUAUUUAUAGCAAUAUUUUUUUUUCAGCUUCAUUAAAAAAAAAAAAAACAUAAUUAUUAAUUUGAUAGUUCCAGCAAAAAACUUCAGACAUGGAAAUACAAUACCAUGGGUUCUAUUAGUUUCACUGUAUGAAAGUAAAUUAUAUGUUUUAUGUUAAAAAACAACUCACUUGUCAUUAUGUUAAAAAACAACUCACUUGUGCAGUACCAACCAUUGCCGUUUCUUCUACUUGCUGCCUACACAAGCCAGUUCUUACUAUAUUGUGAUUGUGAGUGUAAAAUAUACUUAUGGGACUGACUUGGACAGUAAGCUGAAAAUAUAAGGAUAUCUGUUCCUGACCAAUUUCUAUAACAUGUAGAAUCUGUUCCUGACACACUCUCUAUAAGUCUGUUUGAAAAUUACAUUAACGCAUGUCAAACUUUACUAAUGCUACCUAGGAUAAAUUAGCAAUUGAAACAAAGCAAAUUAAAACAUUAAUAUUGAUCCUAUCAACUGUAUAUGGAAUAGUUUUUGUUUUGUUUAUUAUAAUAAAACAAUGUACAGUCAUAUAGAAAAUUAUAUUUUAACAGUACAUUGUACACUAACUUUAAAUUUAAUCCUUAGUGUAUAUAUAAUAUAUAAUAUAGGCAUCCAUUUAUAUUACACUACAUAAAAAAUUACUUUCUCACCCCUCCAGGUGGCAUAUAAUUUGUUUGUAUUCCUCAUUCUUGGGUCCUCUACCAGAAAACUGGGAGUCUGAGGGUUAUGGACAGCACCUGGAAUCUGCAGAAGCCACACCUCAAAUUUAGGGGUCACCUGAGUGCUCCUACUGGAACUACUACCACCUCCACUUUCCAUAGCCUUUCUACCACCUCUUUCAUUCGUUGGUAUUUGCCCACUUCCUCAUGUUCUUUCUUCCUGACGUUAUGGCCACUAGGUAUUGUCAUGUCUACCACCAAUACAGUCCUCUGUUUCUUGUCUAUCACCACUACUUGCUUGUCAGUCUGGAUCGGAAAGUCCCACAGGAUCUUAGCCCUGUUAUUUUCAACUACUCUUUGUAGUAUCUCCCAUCUGGACUUAGAUAGGUCCAGCCCAUAUUCUGUGCAUACAUUUUGGUACAAAAUCCCAGAAACUUUUGUUGUGCUUCUAAGUGUAUGCCGUCCCUUCUAACAUCUUUCACCUGAUUGCUAUAUGCUGGUAUUUCUCAGAGGCCUAUUUGCACAGUCUUCACAUUGUGUCCUGUCUUGUGUAGUAGACCGAAGCUUUUAUUGAUUUUGUUAUGAGUGCCUGUUCCUGUAUUGCUAGGAUUAGUGCCUCAGUGCUGUCUUUCAGUCCUGUAUUUUGGAUGUAAGUGGAUGUUGCUAUCCUCCUUGCGUCUUCCUCAUGGUUGUCAUGUGUUUGUGGUACCCUCAGGUACUUAUAGCUUUUCUCUACAUCUCCUACUUGCACUUAAAUUUUUGCGAUCAUUCGCUUACACAAAUCUAGUCUGGACGACAUUUCAAUGUCCUUGAGGUAUAUCUUAGUUAGGUGGCUCAGUGGGUCAAUGUCCCACAUACGUUUGGCAUACAGCUUGAUUCCAUCCAUGUUGAGUAGGUGAUUACUGAUCUGGCUAAAGGGAUUGCGGCCUAUACAGAACAGCAUUAGAGAUCAUGCAUCACCUUGGUAUAUGCCAAAUUUGAUGUUAACUUGUGUUGUUUUCCUCUUGCCUCUUGAGCUCUUGAUGAAGGCUAUUAGGGUCUUGCUGACCUAGUAUAUGGCCAAGCAAUCCAGUAUCCAUGUGUGUGGGUUUGUGUCAUAGGCUUACCUGUAGUUAAUUCAGGUUGUGCACAGAUUUGUCUGUAUGGUCUUAGAAACACAUGUGAUUGCGUGAUCUACCAGCAGUUGGUGUUUUGAUCCUCUGUUGUUGUUUCCAAUUUCCUUUUGAGUAUUGCUUACAUUCUGACUCAUAUUCGAUCUUGGAGGCUAUGAUGCUUGACUGGACAUUCCAUGUUGUAAGGGGGGAAGACAAGUUGGUAGUUAGAUUGUGUUAUUUAUUUGUGAAGGUCCUACAUGACCUGUAUUGUUCUGCCUUGUGUUAGUCAGUGAAGGUUGGAGCCUGUUACAUAGUUACAUAGUAACAUAGCUGAAAAGAGACUUGCGUCCAUCAAGUUCAGCCUACCUCACAUUUGUUUUUUGCUGUUGAUCCAAAAGAAGGCAAAGAAACCCAGUUUGAAGCACAAUUUUGCAACAAGCUAGGAAAAAAAUUCCUUCUUGACCCCAGAAUGGCAGUCAGAUUUAUCCUUGGAUCAAGCAGUUAUUACCCUACAUUGAAAGAUUAUAUCCUUGAAUAUUCUGUUCUUGCAAGUAUGCAUCUAGUAGCCGUUUGAACAUCUGUAUGGACUCUGAUAAAACCACUUCUUCAGGCAGAGAAUUCCACGUCCUGAUUGUUCUUACAGUAAAAAAAACCUUUCCUUUGCCUUAGAUGAAAUCUUCUUUCUUCCAGUCUAAACGCAUGGCCUCGUGUCCUAUGUAAAGUCCGGUUUGUGAAUAGAUUUCCACACAAUGGUUUGUAUUGGCCCUGAAUAUAUUUGUAUAAUGUUAUCAUAUCCCCUCUCAGGCGACGUUUUUCUAAACUAAAUAGGUUUAAAUUUGUUAACCUUUCUUCAUAGCCGAUAUGUUCCAUUCCUUUUAUUAAUUUUGUAGCCUGCCUCUGCACUUUUUCUAGUGCCAUAAUAUCCUUCUUUAGAACAGGUGCCCAAAAUUGCACAGCAUAUUCAAUAUGGGGUCUUACCAGUGAUUUAUAAAGAGGCAAAAUGAUAUUCUUGUCCCGAGAAUGAAUGCCCUUUUUCAUGCAUGACAAUACCUUACUGGCCUUGGCCACUGCUGAUUGACAUUGCACAUUGUUGCAUAGUUUGUUGUCUAUAACAAUUCCCAAGUCCUUUUCGUGUGUUGUUAUCCCUAAUUCGCUUCCAUUAAGGGUAUACGUUGCUUGUGUAUUCUUUACGCCGAAGUGCAUAACUUUGCAUUUUUCAACAUUAAAUUUCAUCUGCCAUUUGAGUGCCCAGUCCCCAGUCUAUCUAAAUCCCUCUGCAGCAAAGUAAUAUCUUGCUCACAUUGUAUUGUUUUACAAAGUUUUGUGUCAUCUGCAAACACUGAAACAUGACUUUCAAUGCGGUCUUCAAGAUCAUUUAUAAACAUGUUAAAUAGAAGGGGUCCCAGAACAGACCCCUGAGGGACAUCACUUGCCACCUCUGUCCAGCUUGAAAAUUUACCAUUAAUGACAACUCUUUGUACUCUGUUUUUAAGCCAAUGUUCUACCCAAGAACAAGCAUUUUCAUCUAGACCGAUUUCCUUGAGUUUGAACACUAAUCUAUUGUGUGGAACUGUAUCAAAUGCCUUGGCAAAAUCCAAAUAGAUCACAUCUACGGCAACACCCUGAUCUAUACUUCUACUUACUUCUUCGUAGAACGCAAUCAAGUUAGUUUGACAUGACCUGUGCUUCAUAAAACCAUGCUGAUUUUUGCUGAUAACCAUGUUCUUCUCAAGGAAUUCUUGAAUAUUAUCCCUUAAUAACCUUUCAAAUAUUUUACCAGCCACAGAAGUUAAGCUCACAGGUCUAUAAUUUCCAGGCAAGGAUUUUGAACCCUUUUUGAAUAUAGGUACCACAUCUGCCUUCCUCCAAUCCUCCGGAACACUUCCUGAAAGAAAAGAAUCUUGAAAGAUUAAAAACAGAGGUUCACUUAUUUCUACACUUAGUUCCUUAAGUACACAUGGAUGGAUACCGUCAGCUAGCAGCUAGUUGAUUUUUUGCUGAUAGGCAUUCAUGGAGCAUUGUUAUUUUUUUAAUCAGUAGGUGUGGAUCAUUUCAGGUCUUGGGGCUUACUAACUCUUCGUGUGGGCUACUUUUUGUUGGAUAUCUCCUAGGUGUUAUGUGAUGCUUCUUUCUCCCAGAUGUCCUUUCAGUACUAUUCAGUCUCUGCUAUGCUAAUGGGUGGGUUUUAGAUUGAUAUGUUGUGGUUACCCUGCAGCUGCGCAUACACCUUGGAUGGUUCUAUGGUAAACAGGGCAUUUAUUAUUUUAGUCUCUGCUUCUCUGGUGCAUCUGCUCAGUAUGGUUGUCAGUGCUGUCAGCCCUUACUUAGCUGCUUCCAGUGCCUCUGAUAUGGGCACUCUUGCAUUUCAUCAGUAGCCAGGACCUAUCCUUGAUCUUUCCACCUGUGUUAUGAAGUUGAUACAGUUUACUAACUUCUUUACUUGUUGCCUUUAUCUUGCUGUUUAGUGAAUGAGUGAGUGUGCUAGAUUUUAUUGUUUAGUGUGCAUUGUUCACAUCAUAGAUUUGUUCUGAAUGUUUAUAUAUUUAUAUAUGGUAUGCGUUUAAAACAGAUGGGUAUAUAUUCUUGCCACCUUCAGAAGUUCAGAUAAUUUUCUGCAUAUUAAGAUAGAAUAGACCUGACUCUAUAAACUAGACUUGACUCCAUAGACUAGAAUCUUUAAUAACUGCAUAAUACAUAUACAUUAACACCUUAAGAACCGGUGAUGAUUCAGGACCGUCAUCAGCAUUUUUGCGUCGCCGACCGCUGACGGUCCUGAACCGUCACAAUGGUCAUUGUACUUACCCGAUCGCUGUUGUUUCCCCGGCGGCGAUCCGCAGUGCUCUCGGUGUGGGGAGACUGCCUGCAGCCUAGACAGUCUCCCCAUGGCGGAUUAGGAACCCUGGGGCCAUGUGAUCGCUCAAUUAUGUAUGUGUAUAUAAAUAUGAUAUAUAGACAUAUGUCUAUAUAUCAUAUAUAUAUAAUGUCAUACUAAGUGUAUUUUUAUAUUAAUAUAUAAAUAUAUUAAUAUAAAAAUACACUUAUAAUUAAAGUACACAUAUAUAUAACUAUAUAUUAUAUAUAUUAUUAUAAAACACAAAUAAUAAGUAAAUUAAGUUAAAUAAAAAAAUGUAAAAAUAAUAAUAAAACUUUUAAAAAAAUUAUAUCUAUAUGAAAUUUUAUUCUAACUGUAUUAUAUAUAUUUAUAUCAAAAUACACUUUGAAUGAAAUUGUAUAUAUAUCUAUGUAUGUAUAAAUAAUACAAAAUAUACAUGUCCAUAUACAAAAUUACAUAAGUAUGCAUAUAUAUAUUUAAAUUCUACGUGUGUAUUUAUGUAAUAUUUUUACAUAAUUAAGUAAUUUUAUUGAUUGCAAUUUGAGGGACCUGCCUGACAACCCAGGCCGAAAGUCCAGAUAAUUUAAUUUGCUAGCACUAUAUUUUACCCUGUAACUUUUUACGACACCCUAAAACCUAUACAUGGGGGGUACUGUUUUACUCGGGAGACUUCUCUGAACACAAAAAGUAGUGAUUCAAAACAGUAAAACAUAUCACAGCGAUGAUAUUGUCAGUGAAAGUGACUUUUUUUGAAUUUUUCACCACAAACAGCCUUUUUACUGGUGAUAUAAUUGUUGUGAUAUGUUUUCAUGUCUUGAAACACUAAUAUUUGUGUUCAGCAAAGUCUCCCGAGUAUAACAGUACCCCACAUGUACAGGUUUUAUAGCGUUUUUGAAAGUUACAUGGUCAAAUAUAUGGGUCAAAUAUUUUUACAUUGAAAAUUGCCAGGUUGGUUACGUUGUCUUUGAGAGCGUAUGGUAGCCCAGGAAUGAGAAUUAUCCCCAUGAAGGCAUACCAUUUGCAAAAGAAGACAACUCAAUGUGUUGUAAAUGGGGUAUGUCCAGUCUUUUUUAGUAGCCACUUAGUCACAAACACUGGCCAAAAUUAGCGUUCAAUUUAGUUUUUUACUUUUUUCACACACAAACAAAUAUGAACGCUAACUUUGGCCAGUGUUUGUGACUAAGUGGCUACUAAAAAAGACUGGACAUACCCCAUAUUGAAUACCCUGGGUUGUCGACUUUAAAAAAAAAAUGUAUAUUUGGGGUGUUAUUCAGAGAUUUUUGACAGAUAAGAGUGUUACAAUGUCACUAUUUAUAAAUUUAAAAAAUGUAUGUUUUGAAACCGCAAUAUCCUACUUGUACUUAUAGCCCUAUAACUUGCAAAAAAAAAAAGCAUGUAAACACUGGGUAUUUUUAAACCCAGGACAAAAAUUUUAAUCUAUUCAUCAGUUUUUUUUCAUUAGCUUUUGUAGAUGAGUAAAAGAUUUUUCAAGUAAAAGUAAAAAAAGUGUAUUUUUUUAAAUUUUUCAUAAUUUUUUUUUUUAAUUAAAUUACAUGAGAUUAUAUAAAUAAUGGUAUUUAAAGAAGCCCUUUUUGUCCUGAAAAAAACAAUAUAUAAUUUGUAUGGGAACAGUAAAUGAGACAGCGGAAAAUUACAGCUAAACACAAACAUCACAAAAGUGUAAAAAGAGGCCUGGUCGCAAAUGUACAACAUUGCAAAAACAGUCAGGUCCUGGGGGGGAGGGGCCGGACCGGUAUGCUAAACAGAUGCACAAUGGAGUAGCUCCCGAGACACUCAACAGUUUUGACGAUUAAAAGCUACUUUCACACUCACCCGACGACUAACAGCUUUGGUCCCGGUCCCCACCCUGAGGCCCGUCGGAUUGUCUCAACACCGGCACUCAAAGCACCAGCAAAGCGGACACAGUGCACAGAGGCUGCAUCCAAAAUGGCAGAGCCUGUAUGCCAAGCUACCCACGAUCGAGGGCUGAAUGGAGCACCCACCUCUCCUGACUUUACAUGGACGCACUACAGAUGCGGACUGAAAGUAAACAAGCACGUUCAAGUCAUAACCCCACAAGCCAAGCAAAGUCGGAGCUAAACUGAGCAAACCCAAAGCAACAAACCACGGAGUAGGAUACUGCCACAGUGCUCUGGCCUUACCUGCCAUACCACCCAGAUCACCACAUGGGGGCAGAAACACAAGGAUCUGCAACAAACAGCCGACAUACUGCAUCCAAUGAAAGGCACGGCUACUAGGACUGGUCUCCCGCCUAAGACAGGCACCCGACUAGACCACAGGUCAACCAUAAAAGGACUACCACCAUACUACAUUGACACUUAAUUGGACUGGAAUCAACAUAACAGCCUCCAGACCCCUUCCCAAAUUUAAAACUCCCUCACGUCCAAAGAAGGGUCUCUAAAUAUGCAACAGCAGAACAUCACCUCGCCGACAUGGAGUCCACUUGGGGUGAAAAAGCUACAGGGCAAUCUUAAAUGCUAAUGUUUCCUCUGUUUUAUUACCUUUGCCUCCCAGCUACUAACUAUCUAGAUUAAGGUUAGCACAACAUGCAAUCACAUAUUCUAUGCCUAGUCAGACAAGUAGUAUGUUUCACCACAUUGCUAAGCAGUUUAACAUGUACUUAAUCACAAAGCUUUGGUCAUAUAAUGUUUACAUCUGUCAUGUUGCACCACUUUGUCAUUCCUCGAUUAAUCUUAUCUAACAUGACCAUACGCCCUACCAGCAUGAUCAUUCUGAUGUUAUUCUAAUGUUAAACUAUAACCUUUAUAAAAACAAAAAAGAGUGCUGUACAUCUGACAUGUAAUAUAUGCUGCUGGAUAAUCUUUUCUGAUGCCAACUGCAAUGUCUCUGUAAACCUGUAAGUUUUGCAAAGCACUACAAAAAUAAAGAAUUUAAAAAAAACAGUCAGGUCCUUAAAGGGUUAAAACGUGUAUAUUUUAUUAAAUAAAUAUUUAAAAGUCACAUUUUUGUUUGUUAGUUCAAUUGAUAACAUGGUACGAAAGGGGGGUGUUGUCAAAUUCUAUUUACUAUUGAGCUUCUCUUUAAACAAUUAAGUGACAUUUUCAGUGUAUUUUGAAGUAAACUGUGUAGGGUUAAAGGUGGCAAAGAUUUCUAACUAAUUUAAAUAGAUAAGUAUGAAGGGAUCGCAAUUGUUGAAAAAUAUGAUAUCUUGUCCAUUUGUCCCUGUUAUCUUUUUUUUGUGGAUAAACCCCUCAUUUAAAACUCAGAUUAUUUCAUAUUCCAAGCAUUCAGUGAUAAUUGAGAUAAGCAAAUAUGCAAAGUAACUGUGUGUUGCUUUUUCUUAAAUCAUAAACAUCAUUCCACAGACAAGUCCUAUCACAAUUUUUCUACUAUAAUUCAAUGUUAAGUAAACAAAAAUCCAAAGGAAAUCAUUAUGGUUUUUUUUAGAUUUAUGACAGUACACAACAAAGAGAAAGGUCAAUUAUGAAUGGCUACAUCUGUAUUAUUGAUAUAAUGCUAACAGAAUGGCAGAUUUGGCACUGCUUUCUGAUAAAUAUGUCACAAUAAUACAUAAUAAAGGACUGUGCGUGAAUGUAACAAACCAGCACCCAUCAUGAUAAUCAACUGUAGAAUCUUAGUUAAAAAUAAUUGCUCUUCAUCCACUAUCCAGUUAAAGUCAGUGGAAUAUUUGCUUUGGUUAUGUACUCUUCAAAUAAGAGUGCAAUUAACCUGCUAAUUUCCUAUGUACUUUUAAAGCAUUGCUAAAACAAUGUCUGUAAAAAAAACAAAAAAAUCCCAACGAAUGUGAAUACGAGUAAUUUGCUGAGGCAUGCAUGACAUUUACUGGAAUUAAAUUUGUAUUGCAUUAUCAAAUCCUGUCAAAUAUGAACUCAAAUGAGCUAUAAAUGUCUGUUAAUCUGGAUAAGCUAUCUUGUUAAGCUAUCUUGAUUAACCUGUAAAAUGUGCUAAUCUUUACUGAAAAUGCUUUCAUAUGGUCUCCCAUAAUAAAAAGAAGGAAUGUCAAAACAUUAUUUAUUACUCGUAUACAUGUUACGCAACAAUGGAAGGUGUUAAAUUGUUCUUUAGGAGUAUUAUUGUUGUACAGAGAAGGGGGAGCCAGAGUAUAUAUUUGUAAGCCAACAAUAGGAAGAUGGUACCUAAGAAUGGUAAAUGGGUAAAUAUGCUAUAUACUUCAUUAUUCUGCAUUACUCACCCCAGUAUAUACCUCAUAAAAAAAAAUGUGUGUGGGGGUGGGUGGGUAAAUACCAGCACUAAAUGUUAUCAACUUAUACAUUUGUUAUAGGUAUUAUGGCUAUGUGGUCACAGUUUAUAAUAGAAAAAUAACUUGAAAAUGUCAGUAGGCCACAAAAUGUACAUUAAUAUAAUUUUUUUUUCAAGUUACUAUAACUUAUGAUUGCUUAAUGAAAAGAAUAAACUACAGAUCUGUUUAAUUUAUGCUGCUAGUGAAACAUGAUUAUUUCUAUGUUAAGAGUGUCAUAUUUAGUUCCCUUGCAUGUAAUAUAUUUCUUUAAAAGCUUUGUUUUUGUUAGCCAACCAAAGUUCAUUCUACUUUUUUUUAAAUUAAUUCAUUAAUUUCAGAUUAUUUUUAAUGUUUCCAUUAGGCAACAGAUCCUGAUGCUGGAGUCAAUGGUCAGGUUCGUUACAGCCUGGUAAAUUUGAACAAUAUAUUCCGCAUAACAUCUAAUGGCAGUAUCUAUACAUCUGUAAAGCUGGAUAGAGAAACAAGGGACAAUUAUGAACUUGUGGUUGAAGCAGCAGAUGGAGCAGUAGAUCAACGACGUUCCACAAUAACAUUAACCAUUAAAGUUCUAGACAUUGAUGACAACAGCCCCGUAUUUUCCAAUGCAUCAUACUCUGUAUCUGUGCCAGAAAAUAUUGUGCCUGGGACAAUUUUUUUACGUGUACAGGUGAGUUACAGAAGAUUAUUGAAAGGGAGGCUUUAAGCCAGCUUCAGUAAUACUUAUAUAUUUUGAACUGUUAUGUAGGUCAUUUAUGCUUAUGAAUACCAUAAUAAUUUUAUAAAAUCAAUGUUGUGGUAUUUGUGUGUAUAGUAAUAUAUUUAGUCUACUUUAAAUGUGCAUAUCCUAUUUAUGUACUUGAAAUGAAACACCACACAGUUAAAAAUGUAAAUGCUUAUGCUUUAUUUCAGAAUUUUCAAUGGAUGAAAUAAAGCACUUAUUAUUAUAAUUAAUAUACUUAAUUAAAAUCAGAUAAUAUCAGACAUAUAUAGAUACAGUUACCUGCCAAGUGUUUAUUGCAUUAUGUAUUUGGCAAGUUUAUUGUACUAAACUUACACUGAAGCAGUUACAAGAAAGAAGGUAGAUAAUUAAUUUGCAAACAAAAAUGCAAUUUGUAAUACACUUUAAGAAAAUAAAUACUUUGCUUGACAUAUGAAUACCACAGUUUCAUUAAAGAGCUUGUAAUAUGCGGUCAAAUUUAUUUUUAACUCCUUAAGGACCAAACUUCUGGAAUAAAAGGGAAUCAUGACAUGUCACACAAUAAAGUAAAAUAAUAGGGUUUUAGACAUUUCAUUCAAUGUGAAAAUCAAUAACCAUUAUAAAGCCAAAAUGAUAACAUUAUUUAGCUUCCCUGUUGUAAGAAUAUUUAUAGGGUAAUCAAAAUGUUAAAAAUAAUAUUUUUUUAAAAUUAUCAAAAAUUACUCAUUUUUAUUAAGAUCAAAAAUAUCAUGGCACUGUAUCCCCUUGUUAAAUAAAGCUAGGAUUUUGCUCACUAUUUGUAACUGCUUUAGACCCUGGAACACUUUUAUUAAAGAAUGUAUAUUUCAAACAAUAAUUCACAAACAAAUAAAUUAUAAAAUAUAUGUAUUGUGAACAAUAAUAAUGUAAACAUACGUGACAAUCAGUGAAUAUUUGGCUAACUAUAUGAGGUAGAAUAUGAUAAUAAGAUUACAAUAAUCACAGCAAGAUAACUUCUAAAUCAUUAUGUCUUGGAAUGAUGGGAUUAGUAGUCAAUACCAUACAUUAUCUACCAUUAGGGGUCAGUAUACAUAGCAAGUAAUAGUAUAGGUUUUAGUACAUAUGAAAGAAUCCGCUUGCUAUUAGUAAUAACAAUAUACAGCCAACACUAAAUUAAUUUAAAAAGAAAGUAUACACAUUAAACAUUUGUAUAUCACCUCUUGAACUUAACUGAUAUUGUAUGCUUCAACAUCAACAAAGAUCCCAUUGUCCGGCGCUACAAUAUUUGCUGGUGCUAUAUAAAUAAUAAAAUAAUAAUAAUAAGGCAUAUACUACAAAAAUGCUAAGGGAAUAUUUUAUAUCACAAAUACAUCAAAUCAGACAAGCAACUUAAUGUUACUUUAUAGUGAUCACCAUAUUUCAAACACAGAGCAAUAUACAGAUACUGUCAGUCAGAUCAGAUAAGAUAAACACAGUCACAGUUUUUAAUGAGCUAACUGCUGACUGUAGUUCUCACUAAGUAAACACUUAAACAUUGAAAAAACAAGUUUUAAUACCUUUGAACAAUCUCACACAAUUAGUUUAUCACAUUCUUUCUUUAACAUCCAGUGACCAAUAAAACUUUAAGCAUUAAGAUCUUUCUACUACAGUAUUUAGCAGUUAUCCAUAUUUAACUAACUGUUAUUACAACUUUAUGCAACCUCUUCAGUAGCUGGUAACAAUUAAGAGUAUCUAAUAUCUCUGGAUAAUUUGAUAUGCUAAACUUGGCAAUUCACCCUUGAAUUAAUAUAAUUUAAUAAUUUCAACUGCAGUCUAAAAUCCUGAAUUACAUUAUUCCCUUUGGCUAAAUAUGAUUCCAACUUUUGGAAUCUGUAUCAGCAUUAUCCAGGUAUAUUUUGUUUUUAGGCAUAAUUAAAAUAAACCAAUUAAAUUUACCAGUCUUCUGUAGUAAUUUAUGUUGUGUCCUGGAGAUAUAAUCUAAUGGAUAUAUGAGCAGAUGUAAGAUCAAUAUGAAGAUGUUCAGAGAGGUUGAGAUUAAGUAAAGUGUGAGUAGAUGGAACAGCCAAGUGAGGCACAGAAUUGAUCUCGAUAACAAAGAAGUUUACAGGGUGUAUCAAGGAUUCCACAGGAAAAGAGGUGUGUCUCCAGAAUGUCUCCCAAGUAGUUGUUCCCCAGAGUUAAUGUUUUCUAAAAGUCCUUGUGUAGCAAAUUUCUAAAGAUUUUUUUUUUGUCUUUUUCACACCCAGCUUUUUAAAGUGACCAAUGAGACCCUAUGGGUGUGCACUAUUAUAAAGAGUGUUGACCUAAUCCUAAUGGUCAAUUCAUCGCGUUUGACCAAUAGAUGGCAUAAUUGUAAUAUGAUUAUUUUCAUCAUAAAAUCCAAUAAGUACCUUCUCUUAAGGAGAUUUAGAUGACGAGAUUGACUUGAAAAGUUAGCAAGUUUAUGACCAUUCAAUCAUGAAGACCUGCCAAAGAUCUGCAGCUUUUGAUAGACCUUCAGUCGGCUAUUAGGGCUGACACAUAUGCACCUUGAUUCAACUUAAGUGUGAAUAGGGCUUUGUAGAAAUAUCUAUUAAGUGUAGACUCUUCUCAUGUUUUAAUUAAUUGCUUACAAAAUGAGUAUAUCUUAUGAGACAUUCCCUCACUAGCUUAUCUGUUGCCUGGAUUUUGAUUACACUUACCAUAUUGUUUUAAACUAUUGAUAUGUGUAUUAGUAAUCUCACCAGUGUUCUGUACAAUGGCAUGAGCACUUCCCUCUUUCUACUGCUAAUACCUCUCCCUAUUCAACCAAGCAUUCUGCUAUCAUUUCCUGCUGCUCUAUUACAUUGUCUGCCUACCUUUAAGUCAUCUAAAAUAAUUACCCCUAAUUCCUUUCCUCAGAUGUUGAUGUUAGGACUCUAUCAAAUAUUCUGUAUUCUGCCCUUGGGUUUUUGCAUCCAAGAUGCAUUAUCUUGCACUUAUCCACAUUAAAUGUCAGUUGCCAAAACUCAUUUUUCUACUUCACCUAAAUAAUUUGUCAUUUGGCUUAUCCCUCCUGGGACAUCAACCCUGUUACAUAUCUUGGUAUAAUCAGCAAAAAGACAUACCUUACCAUCAAGACCUGCAAUAUCACUAAUAAAAAUAUUAAGGAGACUGGGUCCAAGUACAGAUCCCUGAGGUACCCCACUGGCGACAAGACCAUGCUUUGAAUAUACUCAAUUGACUAUAACCCUCUGUUGCCUGUCAAUCAACAACUGCCUUACCCAUUCAACAAUAUUGGAAUCCAAACUUAAAGAUUGCAGUUUAUUGAUACGCCUUCUAUGUGGAACAGUGUCAAAAGCCUUACUGAAAUCUAGGCAAGCAAUGUCUACUGCAUUAACCUGAUUUUAGUUACCCAAUCAAAAAUCAAUAAGAUUAGUUUGGCAUGAUCUCCCUGAAGUAAACUUAUGUUGUCUAUGAUCUUGUCCAUGUGAUUUUAGAUGUUUAACAAUCCUAUCCUUUAACAUGGUUUCUAUUACUUUCCCCACUACUGAAGUAAGGCUUACUGGCCUAUAGUUGCCCCACUCCUCCCUACUACCUUUCUUGUGAAUGGGCACAACAUUCGCUAACUUCCAUUCUUCUGGGACUACUCCUGUUAACAAUGAUUUAAAUAGAAGAAAUAAAAUAAUAAAGUUGUGCUAAUAAUAUAAUAAAAAUCUAGUGCUGCUAAAAAGCCAAGUGCAUUGUCACUCUUUACACUUAAAACCAUGAUUAAAAACAAACAGUGAUUAGCGCACAUAGAUAUCUAUGAUUUACCUUUGAAAUAAAGAUUCUUUGGUAACCACUCUGGUGGAGUUUCUUUUCCUAUGUCAAAUAAAUAUAAAAGAAAUACACAUAGUGUAAUCUGUAUUUAACAUGUAUUGAUGUGUAAAGAUAAUCUGCAAACUCACACUUUUCAGAGCCUAUUAGAAGUUGGCUCGGGACUUCAUCUCAUUAAAGAGAUAUCAGAUGAGUUUUUAGCAAUCACACUCUCAGGACUCAGAAACUCAAUGUUGCUUUAAAACAGGAACUCGAGAGUCCAAAGUGGAUAUUUAUAGGUAAGUAUUUGAAAAAAAUAAAUAAAUAAAACAAAAAUAUAAAAGCACAACACGUUUCAACCUCAGGUGCAUGUAUUUCAUAAAGUAAACAUAUAUUCCUUUAUAUAUCAAACUAAUACUUACAAAGCAAAUACACAUGUAAAAGAAGGGGCUUAGCAUUCCCUCCCACUUCCAAAUAAGGUCCAGACCGGACAUGAACUGCCAUCCCCUAUAUGGCAGCACAUCCGGUUUUGGGCAGAGUUCUUAUCCCACCCCAACAUGUCUGUUCUUUCUUUUUUCCUAUUCAGCGUUUCUAUCGGUACGUCACGUCCCUUCCUAUGACAUGCUCCCAGUGUUGUGAGUGAUUGUCACUUCUGAUGAUGCCUUUCCGGAAACUCAAUCUGUUGUUCCACCAGACUGAGAGGGGAGGUGACAAGUCUCUUUCUCCAUUUUUGAAAAGGGCAUCAUCGUCCAUAGUUCAUGUUAAGCAGCAUAAAAGCGAUACAUUAAAAAUGGUAAAAAAUAUAUAAAAAUUAGUAAGGUUUGUUAAUAAAAAAACAUACAUUAAGAAUAGAAACAAAUAUAUACGAAUAAUGUAAACGCAUAAGAAAGUGUGCAUUAAAAACAGUGAAAAGAGAGAGGGUGAAUUUAUCAUAAAAGGGAGGAUAAAACAAUUAUAUAAAACAGUAUGUAUAUUAUAACAUAAAAUUGAAAACCUAUAUAAUACAAUUAAUCCCAAAAUCUAUAUUAAGACUCAGGGGAGUUAGGGUUCACAUUUCAAAAAUCCAUUUUGCCUCCUGAGUAGAGUUGAGCGAACUCAAACUGAAAAGUUUGGGUUUGAACCGAACAUUACAUUUUUUGGACUGCGGACCCGAACACAGACAUAUCACUGUAUGUUCGGGUCGGAGUUCGUCGAUUUAAUGACGUGUUUUGAAAGGCCGCAGGACAUCCAAUCAACAAGUGUUUGACUCAUGUGCCGUUAGAAGCCAUCACAGCCAUGCCUACUAAUGGCAUGGCAGUGAUUGGCCUGUGCAGCAUGUGACCCAGCCUCUUAGUAUUAGUAAAUUAUGCCCCUACUCGCUAUACCGCAAGUAGGGGCGUGUCUAUUAAACAGUGAGCAGCUGUGGCUGCUCACUGUUAAAAAUAAAAUAAAUAAAAAAUCCCCCCUCCUGAGCCCCCACCCACGACGCGCGAGCGGGGGCUUUUAAACUAUUACCACCCCCUGGCCCCGACCCACUGCCCUAAAUAACAAAAAGGGGGGGACCUACUGUCCUCCUCCCAGCAUCCACCCCUGUGCAGUGGGUGGGGGCCCUAAAUAACAAUAAGGAGGGACCUACAGUCCUCCCCCCGGCCUCCACCCCUGAGAGGUGGGUGGGGGCCAUAAAUAAAAAUUGGGGGGGACCUAACUUCCCCCAGUUGACUAGGGGUCCCCAAACCCCUAGUCACCCCCCUCCCUCCCAAAAAAUACCCCUACCUACCACUCACCCUAAAAAUAAUGAGGGCGACCCUUGUCUAAAUACCUGUUAAAAAAAAUAGAUUUACCAUUUGAUGUCUUAUUUCUUCUAAAAUCUUAUUUUUUCAGCCCCCCAAAAAUCCAGAAUAACCAACUCACAAAAAAAAAAAAAAUACAUCUUCACCCAUGAAGGGCUCCGCACAGACUGAGCUCUGCAGGGCAGGGGAAGGCUUAUAAAGUCUUGCCCCGCCCUGCAGUUAGGCUCAGAGCACUCUGAUUGGUAGGUUUAAGCCAUCCAAUCAGAGUGCUCUGACAGGUAAAUAAAGAGACUGACAGGUAAGUCUCUACAUUUACCUGUCACAGCACUCUGAUUGGUUGGUUUGAAAUCUGACUCAUAACUCUAAUUGACUCAUAACUCUCUGAUUGGUUACUUUGGUUACAAUCAGAGAGUUAUGAGUCAAAUUACACAGCGUGGGAAAAUUUCAAAGAACUUUCCCACGCUUUGUAAAAUGACAAAGAGCACUGCUUACUGUUUAAUAGACAUGCCCUUACUCACGGUAUAGCAAGUAGGGGCAUAAUUUACUAAUACUAAGUAAUCUUUACUUAGUAUUAGUAAAUUUGUCUGAAAGACCAAUUUAGGUCUUUCAGCCUUUUAGUAGAUAGCUCCCUAAUACCGUGGGAAUUAGGGAGUUAUCCACUUAUUAAUUCCUGUCAUUACAUUGACAGGCUAAGUAACUUACAUUUUAUAUGAAUGUAUGUUACUUGAUUGUUGUAAGUAUUGCAAAUGCUUACAGCUGAAUCCUGGCUAUGUUUGUAUACUUUUUAUUUAAAAUUGUAUACAAUGUAACAUUCUUCUUCUUUCACUGGGUAAGUAUAUUAGUACUUAGGCAAUACUGUGCUUCAGAACUUCGUCACUUCAGCACUUUGACACUUCGGAACUUGGGCAACUUCGGAACUUCAGCACUUCGGAAAUUCGUAUCCCCCUAUCUACCCCACUCACCCUUUAACUAAGUACCUGUAAAAAAAAAAAAAAUCUUACCAUUCAAUGUUUUCUUUCUUCUACAGGGAGUGCAGAAUUAUUAGGCAAGUUGUAUUUUUGAGGAUUAAUUUUAUUAUUGAACAACAACCAUGUUCUCAAUGAACCCAAAAAACUCAUUAAUAUCAAAGCUGAAUAUUUUUGGAAGUAGUUUUUAGUUUGUUUUUAGUUUAGCUAUGUUAGGGGGAUAUCUGUGUGUGCAGGUGACUAUUACUGUGCAUAAUUAUUAGGCAACUUAACAAAAAACAAAUAUAUACCUAUUUCAAUUAUUUAUUAUUACCAGUGAAACCAAUAUAACAUCUCAACAUUCACAAAUAUACAUUUCUGACAUUCAAAAACAAAACAAAAACAAAUCAGUGACCAAUAUAGCCACCUUUCUUUGCAAGGACACUUAAAAGCCUGCCAUCCAUGGAUUCUGUCAGUGUUUUGAUCUGUUCACCAUCAAUAUUGCGUGCAGCAGCAACCACAGCCUCCCAGACACUGUUCAGAGAGGUGUACUGUUUUCCCUCCUUGUAAAUCUCACAUUUGAUGAUGGACCACAGGUUCUCAAUGGGGUUCAGAUCAGGUGAACAAGGAGGCUAUGUCAUUAGAUUUCCUUCUUUUAUACCCUUUCUUGCCAGCCACGCUGUGGAGUACUUGGACGCGUGUGAUGGAGCAUUGUCCUGCAUGAAAAUCAUGUUUUCCUUGAAGGAUGCAGACUUCUUCCUGUACCACUGCUUGAAGAAGGUGUCUUCCAGGAACUGGCAGUAGGACUGGGAGUUGAGCUUGACUCCAUCCUCAACCUGAAAAGGCCCCACAAGCUCAUCCUUGAUGAUACCAGCCCAAACCAGUACUCCACCUCCACCUUGCUGGCGUCUGAGUCGGACUGGAGCUCUCUGCCCUUUACCAAUCCAGCCACGGGCCCAUGCAUCUGGCCCAUCAAGACUCACUCUCAUUUCAUCAGUCCAUAAAACCUUAGAAAAAUCAGUCUUGAGAUAUUUCUUGCCCAGUCUUGACGUUUCAGCUUGUGUGUCUUGUUCAGUGGUGGUCGUCUUUCAGCCUUUCUUACCUUGGCCAUGUCUCUGAGUAUUGCACACCUUGUGCUUUGGGCACUCCAGUGAUGUUGCAGCUCUGAAAUAUGGCCAAACUGGUGGCAAGUGGCAUCGCGGCAGCUGCACGCUUGACUUUUCUCAGUUCAUGGGCAGUUAUUUUGCGCCUUGGUUUUUCCACACGCUUCUUGCGACCCUGUUGACUAUUUUGAAUGAAACGCUUGAUUGUUCGAUGAUCACGCUUCAGAAGCUUUGCAAUUUUAAGAGUGCUGCAUCCCUCUGCAAGAUAUCUCACUAUUUUUGACUUUUCUGAGCCUGUCAAGUCCUUCUUUGACCCAUUUUGCCAAAGGAAAGGAAGUUGCCUAAUAAUUAUGCACACCUGAUAUAGGGUGUUGAUGUCAUUAGACCACACCCCUUCUCAUUACAGAGAUGCACAUCACCUAAUAUGCUUAAUUGGUAGUAGGCUUUCGAGCCUAUACAACUUGGAGUAAGACAACAUGCAUAAAGAGGAUGAUGUGGUCAAAAUACUCAUUUGCCUAAUAAUUCUGCACUCCCUGUAAAAUCUUCUUUUUUCAGCCCCAAAAAAGGCCAAAUAAAAAGCCAUAAUAACCGAGGCAAUUAUAAAAAAAAAAAAAAAAAAUGAGCGCAAAAAUUAAUAAUCCAUCUUCACCCAUGGAGGGCUCCGUGCAGACUGAGCUCUGCAGGGUGGGGGAAGGCUUAUAAAGCCUUGUCCCGCCCUGCAAUUAGGCUCAGAGCACUUUGAUUGGUCGGUUUAAGCCAUCCAAUCAGAGUUCUCUGACAGGUAAAUGAAGAGACUGACAGGAAAGUCUCUACAUUUACCUGUCACAGCACUCUGAUGGGUUGGCUUGAAAUCCACCAAUCAGAGUGCUCUGUGUCAUUUUACACAGUGUGGGAAAGUUCUUUGGCAUUUUCCCACACUGUGUAAAAUGACACAGAGCACUCUAGAUCUGUCUAUCUUUCUCACUCUGUUUUUUUUUUAAACCUAAUUUUUUUUUCUAAACCUAAAGCCUAAAUGCUAACUUUUUGUUUUUGUAUAGGCAUCAAUGUAAAAAAAUAUGUUUUUAAUAUUUUCUAAGUUGCAAAUAUAUAAUCUUUUCUUAUAAUUUCAUACUUUUAUAAGUGUGAUAUCAUUGUUUUUUUUUUAUACUGCAAUCUAUCCCCUGUAAUGAGGAACUCUACAGGGACUUCAUUUUCCAGGGUGCGGGGUCAUUAAAUAUUUAUUCUCUGGUUUUGAGGGAUACAUGGGGAUCCUUAUUAGUUUUUUGUCUAUUUGUUACAUAGGUACACAUCUUUGUACCCCUCCUGUUAAAAAUGGGGAUCUUGAUUAUACAGAGCUGCAGAAAAUGUUGUUGUAAAAAUUAUAAUUUUACAAUAUUUUUACAAAUAUUAACGCUAAACAUCAGAAAAAUAAUUUUUACCAGUGUGAAGGGAAAGGAAACUGUCCCUUAUUCAGAAAUCAAAGUUGCUUAUAAGCCUUUGUGAGCAAUCUGUUAAAUGGCAAUGCACAUUUGGUAAUUAAACCCCAUUAAGGGUAGAUGGAAGAGCUCAACUUAACUUUGGUACCUGAAUAGCAGUUCUCCAGUUUACAUCUAUAGGAAAACUACUGUUCAGCUGCCAGAUAUAAGCCCCAAUAAAGGUGGAUUUUUCUAAGAGCCAAAAUUAAAGGAUCACUAUAGUGUCUGGAAAACAAACUCAUUUUCCUGCCACUAUAUCAUCCUUAGGGUCCCCCUCCCUUGGCGCUGAAGGGGUUAAAACCCCAUCAGCUCCCAUGUGGAGCGGAAUGCGGAUGUGCGGCAAGAGCCACACGCGCAUUCAAACAGUCCAUAGGAAAGCAUUUCUCAAUGCUUUCCUAUGGACGUCCUGCAUGCUGGAUGCAAAUUUAGCAUCCAGCGUCUCAGAAGCGCCUCUAGCGGCUGCCAGGAAGACAGCAACUAAAGGUUGGAUUAACCCUUCAAUUUAAACAUAGCAGUUUCUUUGAAACUGCUAUGUUUACAUCUGAAAGGUUAAACCUUGGGGGACCUGGCACCCAGACCACUUCAUUGAGCUGAAGUAGUCUGGGUGACUAUAGUGUCCCUUAAACUCUGGUAACUGAAUAGCAGUUCUCCAUUUUACAUAAAUGGGGAACAUUGCUAUCCAGCUACCAGAGAUAUGCUUUUUACAUAUCUUAUACUAAAAUGUAUCCCUGAAUGUAAUAAAUAUUUGGAAAUGAAAGGAUGUGAAGGACAGCUAUUGGAAUCCUUCUAUGAUGUAGAACCUCAUUCCUCUCCAAAAUCAAGAGAACUGAUAGCUGUGUUUAAUACUAUCAAAAGGGAAUAUGUACUUUAAAUGUGUUCUUGUGCAUUGCUUUUACAUGACCAACUUAGCCUAAAAUUAUCUAUAUUUUCAGCUCAUGACAAAUCAAGCUACUUCAACAGAUUUCUAGUUAACCCAUUAAGGAUAGUUUUUUAUACUAUUGUGUAUCCCAGUUAUUCACAUGAAACAAUCAUUUUAGAUUGGUUACUGGAAGCUUUCAUCUUAUUUCCCAUAUCUCUUACUCUUUGGGCAGUACAAUGUGAGCCAUAGAAAAUUGAAUACUGAUUAGCAGGUUGUUUAAGUAUGAACAAUAAUGCCUUUAUUUGCUAAGUGAAUUGUAUUUGAUUGCAAUAAGUUAAAGCUUUUCAAUCCCUUGGCUAGGCAUAUAUUUGAAUUGUCAAAGUCUUGGAAAUGUAAUUUAAUAUUACAGCUCAUGGAAAAAAGGACAGAUAGGGAGAGAGUAUCAGGUUGCUAUUGGAAAUUGGGGGAUAACCCCUAAUGCAUGAUAGAUACAAAGAGAGAAAAAAGGAGAUACAAGGGAGCCCACUGGGAACAAUAUUCCAGUCCCGUGGGACUCGAAUGUAUCAAAAGCAACCCCAACUAAAAUAAAAUAAUAAAAUCAACUUUUAUUCAAUAUAGUUAAAAAGUAAUAGAAUACAAAAUAUAUAGGAAAAAUACACCAAAUACACCAGCCUAGUGGCUGUGUGUAAAAGCGGAGGGGGGGGGGGAGAGGAGGAGAUAGUAAUAGAGGAACUAAUAGGAGGAGGGCAAAUACGAUCCUAAGCACAGCUAUACUAAUAUAUAAGAAAAAACCUGAAUCUAAACAGGUCCAAAAUGACCUAUCCACUAAUAUACUAUAAUGUAGGUAAAAAAGCUGAAGCUCCCCUUAUUCCUCCAUAGUCCAUAACCCCCCACCCCACAUCGGCCAAAAAGACUAGAAAGGAAAAUAGUUUUCAAAAAAUCAAAUCUCAGGGGUGGCUAAUAGGGGUAAAAUAUCAAAACUAAAGACUGCUAAAUCGUCCCUAUAAAGCCCCACCACCCCCGUAUGAUUCUAGUCCCGACGCGCGUUUCGCCUUACAGGCUCUUCCAGGGGAACCGAUCGUGAAGUCGGCGGUCAUUCAAAUAUACCGCCCUCUUCAAUGAUUGGAUAAGAUUCUCUCCAAUCAACGACUGGGGGGCGGAGCCUAAUGCCGUUACCGUACAGCCCAAGAUGGCUCGGCAACUGAGAGAAUAAUGACAAAUGUUAUAGAUAUACAAUGUUUCAACUCAAUAGUGCCAGUAGUUACAGGAUAAAUGCGAACGGUAAAACAGGGGAUUAAGCAAAAUAAAUUUUACAGACAAAGAUUACUUUGUGGCAGAUAAAGACAAAGUGAUUAAAGAUACAAAAUCAUGAUAUCAAUAAUCUUAAAGGUACAGAUCGAUCCCUACCAUGGUGGAACAUAAUGAAAAUAGUCAAAACUAUUUUCAAAAAAUAAUUCAAAAACAAUGUGUUAGUGAAAGGGUCCCAAAAGCAAAGGGGUCCUUUCCUCUUCCAUGUAAAAACGAAUACAGAUUCACUAAUAAGUAGAGUUUUGUUUGAAAAGUACAUAAGGGAAUGGGGCAUAAAGACAGAUUAAUACAACUGAACCCUUUUUCAGGUACUGGGUGUAAGUGCGUCCACAGUCCCAAAAAGUCCCAAUUUUUUCAAAGGCCAAAUUCACAUGGAAGGAAAGAUUCCCUAUGGAUACUAAGUGUCAAAAGAAAGGAAGAUUGUGAUAGUUGCCAACUACUAUAAAGAAGGCAACAGGUACCAGAUAAAAAAAACCUGUCUUUAAAGUAUUUAGACAAAUAUACAUGAAGUGUACUCGGCGCUCCAAAUAGAGAUAUGUCAGUGUAGUGAGGAGAGAAAGCUAGACUGGAUGGUGUUGUUUACCCAAGACAGUUGCCAUGGGAACUGUUACCAACUAAGAAUGAAUGAAUGGAGUAAAAUUAAACUCCUCAUUAAGUCCUUUCGGAUAUAGGGUUUGGAACGAGUAGAUCCAGCGGGAUUCCGCCUUUAGCAAGGAGACAUUAAUGUCACCUUUUCUGUGAUUUUGAAAAAUCUUUUGGAUUACCUGAAACUUGAGUGCAUUAGGUCUAGAGGCGUGAUUGGUACGUACGUGUCUAGCUAUUGGUGUAUCGGUAUGUAAAUUCGAUAUAGAGUUGAUAUGUUGUAAGACACGUCGGCGUAGUUGUUGGUAGGUUUUGCCUAUAUACUGUAAUCCGCAUUCACAAGUUAUAAGGUAAAUCACAUUAGUUGAUCCACAUUAAUAAAGGAGUUGUCCAUGAUAUUUUUGGAUGUUAUUUUGUUCCAUACUGUUUUAGAAGGUACAAUGUAAUUACAAGCCUUACAAUGCCCACAUUUAUAAAGGCCCUUGGUCUGGAGCCAAGUAGAUGUGGUUUGUGUAGGUUUAAGAUGACUUUGAGUUAACAGGUCCGCUAAGUUCUUUGCUCUUCGAUUUGUCAAUAAUGGUUUAUUGGUAAUGGUCUUUGAAGGCAUGUUUCAUAUUGCAAUAACGGCCAAUUCCGAUUCAAAACCUGUAAGGUCUGGUUCCAGUGUUUAUCGUAUGUCACUAUAAGUCUUGUAGAUCCCGAUUAGAGUUCGGGAAUCCUUAGAUGGUCUAUGUAAGCUCUCUGACCUAUCUACAGUUUGGGUUCUCUGAUAAGCUUUUUUUAGAAUUCUAUUUGAAUAGCCGAGGCUUUUAAAGCGCUGUCUUAAAUCUUUUGCUUCCUUCUCAUAGACAUCGGGAUUCGAACAGUUCCUUUUUGGCUCUUGAAAUAUUGACCAUAUGGUAUAUUGGCUUUCAUGUGAUGUGGGUGAAAGCUUUGCCAAUGGAGCAAGCUGUUUGUUGCCAUGGGUUUUCUAAAUAGUGCUGUAGAUAUAUGCCCAUCGUCUGAAAUGCUAAUGGUUAGGUCAAGGAACACUAAAUGAUUUUCAUGUAUGACAUGAGUAAGCUGAAGAUUGAUUGGUUCUUAUUUAGAAUGUCCACCAUUUGUUUGAACAGUGUAAAGGGACCUAACCAAAAGAUUAACACGUCAUCAAUAAAGCGAUACCAUUUAAAUAUUGAUGAAGUGUAUAUCAUUGAAGAGGGCGGUAUAUUUGAAUGACUGCCGACUUCACGAUCGGUUCCCCUGGAAGAGCCUGUAAGGCGAAACGCGCGUCGGGACUAGAAUCAUACGGGCGUGGUGGGGCUUUAUAGGGACGAUUUAGCAGUCUUUAGUUUUGAUAUUUUACCCCUAUUAGCCACCCCUGAGAUUUGAUUUUUUGAAAACUAUUUUCCUUUCUAGUGAAUAGAUUGUUUUUAGUUGUGCUUAGGAUCGUAUUUGCCCUCCUCCUAUUAGUUCCUCUAUUACUAUCUCCUCCUCUCCCCCCUUUUACACACAGCCACUAGGCUGGUGUAUUUGGUGUAUUUUUCAUAUAUAUUUUGUAUUCUUUUACUUUUUAACCAUAUUGAAUAAAAGUUAGAUUUUAUUAUUUUAUUUUAGUCCCACAGGACUGGGAAAUUGUUCCCGGUGGGCUCCUUUGUAUCUCCUUUUUUCUCACUUUGUAAAUAUUACAGCUCAGUUAACUAAUAAAUGUAAUUUUUCUCCCAACUUGUUCUUACAAACUGUGUGAAUAUCAUCUAUUCUUCUAUUGUUUGAAAGUAUAAGGACUUUACAUUUCCUACUCUGUAACCUGCUCUUUUUCUUCUAAGUUUCAAUGGAGUCACCUAACAUCAGUCAGCCUUAGGAGAUCAAGAGAGGUGAGGUGCAGAUCACCCACUGGUGGGAAGUAGAGUUGAGUCACUGCUGUGCUUUAUAAAAUCACACACUAUUAUUUUUUUGUUUAAGAACAUGCUGUUGAUUGACAACUACAUUACAAUAAAUUUAUUUUUUAUUUUUUCUCAUGUGGCCGAAAACAGGCUUAAGAAUUGCUUAGGUAAAAUAGCUUCUGACUGUCUAGUAACUAUUGAGAGGCACUAAUCUGCUUUAUGUAAAAUGUGAAAUAGAAUAUAUAUAUAUAUAUAUAUAUAGUAUAUAAUAUAGUAUAAUAAAAAAUAUUAUUGUUACCUUGUACAAAAAAGUAUACAAAUAAUAUAAUUAAACAUUUGAUAGAAAACAAAAUCCCACAUAUAUAUAUACUCCAUUUUCAAUUCUCUAAACAAAACUGAGCAUUCAGAUUUUUAGAAGUUUCGUAAAAUGAAUAUGCUCUAUGAGAAAAUGGGAAAUGCAAGUAGGAAAGCAUUACAAGACUCUUUUUUUUAAUUUUUUUUUUGUGAUACUUUUCCUUUAAUAGCUGAAACUGACAUUUACAUGUCUGGUAAGCAAUAUUUACAAGUAUGCGUACAAUAAAACUUUAAUCAUUGUGAGAAUAUUUUCAUAUUCAUACCCCCUAAUGCAAGGUGUUCUAGUCUGUAGUUCAUAUAUGUAUGACAUCAUAUGAUGACUAUAACAGACAAUCAAGGUAUAAAACACGGCUCAGUCAAAGUCAUAUUGAUCCAAGCAGACCUUUACUACCAUGUGAAAUAGAUAAUAAUGGUGAUGGGAAUCACAUUUAUGCAUUUGUGCUGCUAAGGCAUGCUCUCUGAGGAAAACAAGUAGAACUUCCUUUGGACUCUCGUACAAGGACCCGGCAAGGUCCAUCUCAUCUUUCUAUAUUUGCAUUACAAGAUGACCUCCAAUCAUUUUUAUGUAAUCUUUUUUUUUUUUUUUUUUUUACAUUUAAAUUACAAUUUUAUUUUUCCAUUUAUUUAUAAUCUUUAUGCAUUGACAAAGGGGAAUCACCCUUAAACAUUUGCAUACUUAUGCAUACUGAUGCAUGUUCUUCAAUAAAUAUUUGUAGCACGUUUGGUGCACACAACAACUGUUUGUACAGCCUUCCCUUUUUUCUUUAUUUAUCUGAUGUUUAUUAUCUUCAAUACAACUAAAAUGUAGCUUAAACAUGUGCUACCAAUUCAAUUACCAUAAUUCCAAUACAUACAAUGUUCUUCUGUUUUAUAUUUAAGUUCGGCUCUCUUUAAAUAAACAUCUUUGUUUGAGUGCAUUACACUAAGCCCCUAGUAAUGUAGAUAAAAAUGUAUGAUACUUUUUUUGUUUUGUUUUAGUUUAGAGGAUUUUUUUUUUUCGUUGCUGUGAAAAAGUUAAUACAACAGUUUAAAAUCAAUUCUAAUCAAGUUGAGAGAUUGCAGAAGGCACACUUACUGUUAAUGUGACAGCAUUUCUGAUAAAUAUCUGCUGAACUGUUUAUAUUUUCUACUGAUCAAUGCAUUAAAAUGACCCCUAACAAAAUGAAAAGAAAGGAAAAAAACAAGUGUAAGCAUUCAAUUCUAUUAUGGAACUCUCUACAAUUCAAUAUAGAUAUAUUUUUUCUGGUUCACUUAUUCUUGCACUUCAGCCCAGUUUAUUUGCCAGUUUUGUCUGCUUUGAUUUUAAUAUUGAUCUGUUUAUUGUGUUUCAGGCAAAAGAUGUUGAUCUUGGUGCUAAUAUUUCUUACCGGAUAAGAUCCAGGGAAGUUCUGCAGCUUUUUGCAAUAAACCCUUCAACAGGAGAAUUAUCUCUUCUGAAAGCCCUUGAUUAUGAGUCAUUUACUGGCAUAGAAGCUGCGUACACAUUUCUCAUUGAGGCCUUUGACAUCACAGGAACAAUGCCUCCAGGACUUGCUACUGUAACAGUAACAGUAAAGGUAAGGGAUGUCUUACCUUAUUACCUUAGCUAUAGUACUAUGCAUAUGUUUAAGGUAAAAUAAAUGUAUAUAUAAAAAGUUAUCUAGGAUUAUCCUAAACACAACCUCAAGCAGACCUCAAGCUACGUGUUCUCUUCUGACAUUGUAAUAAUUUAACCUCUGGACAUAGUGAUUUUUCACUUUGGUAUAUCAUUGCUAAUAUAUACUAUAAUAUAGGUGACUGGCAACAAUCAAUAUGAAAUACCAGUUAAGUUGAUCAGUGUCAUUGUCUGUACAUAAUCAGCACUUUUUGAUUGAAUAAAUAUUAGCAUAACAUUUAUUUGAAGCAAGGGAUGCAUAGCUGACAUACAAACAUAUCAUACCAAAGCAAUUUUGUGUAUAGAUUAUUUUGCAGAUGAACUUAAACAUUAAAAUUAUAAAACUUUAUACCAUUUUUAUUUUUCCAUUUCUUUGUUCCUCCUUGAGAAUUGAACAGCUUUGCACAGUAUACAGUAUCCUUUAUCUUGCAAUAUUUCACACAGGAGCUGAAAUGUUAGCAUAAAAGCAAUAAUUAUUCCUCCCCCCCACCCCCACACACAUAGAAAGAGAAGAACUGGUAAAUAAAAAGAUUUGAACUGAUUUUAUACUGAAAAAAAAUGAAAACAAAAACAUGUAUACUCGUUUUUGGAGUUGAAGGGGUUGAGGAGCAAAGGGGACAUAAAUAUUGUGCCUCUGGACAUAUUUAGGAUCUUCUAAAUCAGGGGUGCCACUGGCUCUAUUCAACAUACUGAGUAGUUCCAUAAUCCUAUGUAUUGAUAAAAGCAGGCAUACUCUGGUCACUGACAAUCUGCUCACAGCUCCAUUCAUUUUAUUUAACUAGCUGUGUGCAGAAGUCUUCUAGAAGACAUGUUUGUUCUGGUUAUUCUAGAAUCACAAAGGAUCAAACAUUUAUAAUUUUUUCUGUAAUCUCAAAGCCCCUUGGAAUCUGGAAUCAUUUUAUUUUGUGUCUGGCCUGUUUGUUCUCAUAAGAGUAAAUCACUUUUCCGUUUUGAAUGUGGGAGUUUAAUAUACUUUCUGUGCUAUAGCAUAACCUGUUAAACUGUGUACUUCUUUGGAAACCUUCACAAAGUUCACAGACAUUGGAGCAAGUAAUAUGAUAAACAGGUUGUCUGCUACAGGAAUUACUUAAAUUAACUGAAUGCUACUGGUUAGAAGCGGUAGUUCCCAUAUAGGAUCAUGCAAGGUAUCACCAUUGUCUCUGGAUUUGGAUCCCAGUUAUUGGAUAUCUAAACAAUUUUGACAUAAAGAAUACUAUUCUUAAAGGAACUCUCUGGGCACCACAUCACAAAAAAGUCUUGAAAAAUAUACAUACAUUUCUCAAGCCAUUUUGUGAGUAGGUAGGCACUGAUUGGCUGGAAGCAUUGGCUGCCCGUUCUUAGCGAAUCAGCAACGCCCCUGCCCAGGCAGCCAUAAUCCUUUUCGGCAAAUGUAAAGAAAGCGGUUAGAGAAAUCCGGUGUUGGAACACAGACUUUAGGGUUAAAUCAUAUCUGAACGGUUUAACCCAUAAAGGUGAACCAGUGCCAGGGAGUCUCCACAUGAAUGCAUAGAAGGAACACAAUACACAUUUUAUCUCUAUGUUGUUGUUAAGUAUCUGUAAUGCAGUUGUUUGCCAGUUGAGUACUUUGCCCACCUUAUUAUUAUUUUGUUUCAUGUGUUACUGUAAAUGUCAGUGAGAACACCACUCCAAUGUGUGAAACCUGCUUAAAAAUGAAUUACUCUUAUGUGAAAGUAGUUUAUUGCAAUAAGAUAGAUGAUGAUAAUGUGUAAUGACAGCUUAUGGUGCAUUAAAAGCACUUAUACUCUCCUUAAAAUUGUUUAUGAUCUGCACUGACAGAAUUUGAUUUCAAGACAUCACAAUUAACUACUGCAUUGUAAGAGCCAAAUAUAACCUGUAUAUUGAAGCUUUACAUAUUGUACAUAUUACUAAGCUGGUCCUGCAAGAAGUAAAACUACUUUAACUUCUUCCCAAUCAUGAAAUUACAAUUUUCUGACUAAGAAUUUAUAAAUGUCUUUCUUGCUCAGUCUGCAUUGGGUCCCUCCAGUUGGAUUGGAAGAUCGAGACUGAUUGAUUUUUUGUGUGUGUGUUCAAUUUAAGUCUUUUAUUCAGUUUUGUUGGUUUAUCAUGGGAUUCUUCAUGACAAUUUUUGAAUGAAAGAAAGUUCUUUAGUGAAGAUUUCAGCUCGUAACUCUUUCUUCUUUUUUUUUUAGGCCAAUAUUUUUUAUAUUAUUGAUGGGGUCUACGUGGGGUCUUUGGGAAUAACAGUCACCAUUUUUACAGCAACUGAUAAUGAUUAA